AUUACCCAUGAUGCUCUCGCUGGGAACGUCGUGUCGCCAGCGAGCUGUCAGUGUUGGGGGAGAGCAGAGGGAGAGAGAUCGGUCCAGCAUCUCUGGAGCAGCGGAGCGGAGCGGAGGACAGGGACACACCGUCUUCAUCAGCCGAAAUGAGGAGCUUUUAGGAUUUAAUGUCCCCCCCCUCAGACUGGAUGUUUUCAGACUGAACCUCCUCGUCUGCCGUAGAUCAGCGCAGGGAGAUCUGACUUUAUUCUAUCAAUGAGAUAAUGUGGAGUGGCUGUACCGCCCGGUGGUAACGCAGAAAAACACAAGAUGAAGAAGCAGUUCAACCGAAUGAGACAGCUCGCCAACCAAACAGUGGGCAGGUAAGAGCUGACUUCAAGAAAAGACGGGUUUGAGAGCUGGAGGAGGUUUCUUUUGACAUGUCAUUUGCUGGCUGUUUGCUCGGCUGUUCAGCGUUCAGUUAUUCAGUCGAUGGGCUUUGGCUGCUCAGCUGGUUUGAUUUGCACAAAGCAUUAACAGUCGGUGUAGGUCACAGUUGCAGUGUGAGCGUUGUGUGAUUGAUUGAGCCCAGCAGGGAGGAGCGAUCCGCACACCGAGGAGGAUGAGGGAGAGGACAUGGUACCCAAGGAGCAGGGCUGCUGCUGCUGCUGCUGCUGCUGCCCACUCACCAAUAAAACCUCAGCAAAGGGCGGGCUGUCCGGGGCACCCUGCUGGGGGUGAGGGUGGGGGUAGCCAGGACACCCAGAGCCACCAACAUGCCUGCAGUGACAUAUGUUUAUUUCUCCUUUUUUGAGCUGGGAAAAAUGCCAACAUGAGCACAGAUGUUUGUGGUAAAUACAGAGGCUAGAGGGGAUAAAACAUGCAUGAAGUACUCGAACAUGUACGGAGGCCCUGAGUGGUCAUGCAUCUUAACAUAUUAUCUACGCUGGCUCGACUUCAUUUUCUUGUUGUUCUGGAAAAAAAAGAAAAAAUCCCCUUAAACUGUUUCUGCUCACUGUUAGAGGAAAAUUUUCAACCAAUCGAAGACUAAGAGGCUCCUCACUUUGAUAGGCCGGGCCCUGACACACCUCGCAGCCACUACCCAUCUUCAAGGGAUAUACCGGUGCAAAAUUAAUUUAGGAUCAAACACACCGUAACACCGAGUUAGACAGCCUCUCGGGAGAUGAAUGUUGCCGACCGCUUGCUUUUCUAGUUAUACCAACUUAAGUAACGACCGCAGGAUAACAAUACACAGCGGUCUGAGGAGCCAUAAACAAACCUCAACCAAACACCACUCUAUAGCCACAAAUAAUGCCCAGAACAGCAACUAACUUCAUCAACAGGACAUAUAGGGUCCUAGACAUAGUGCUAGCCACCAAACAUCUUUUUAACUUUGACUCAUUUCUUUAGCAAAGAGACUAAACACAACUCACCUACUCUCUUCCAGCAGCCGCUUGUUUGUAGUGAGACCUCAGGCCAGUCCAUUCUGGACUGCUGCGGGGUGAUGCAGCUCAAGGAAGAACAUUUAUGAUCAUUUCCUCAUGUAAAUACAAUCAGACUGAGACGUUAAGGCAGAAGAACUACAGCGUCAGCAGUGCAAAAUGAUUAAUAUGAUGAUUAUUACUUCAAGGAAAUGAUAAAGUAAUGAUCAUAAAUGUUACGGUGUGUUUUACCCUAGAUUAAUUUUACAGCGGAAUAUCCCUUUAACAUGAGAAGUAAUAUAAAUACUUUACAUAUCUCCCCUCAACGACAGCUAUUGGUCAAUAUUCAUCUGAGUGAACUCUUCACCCUGGCAAAUACCCCUUGAGAAAUUUUCAUUAAUGCUGCCUUUAUACUCACUUUGCAAUACCAAAGAAUACAUUGACUUGUAUUGACUAUUGCAUGGACUAUCUCUGCAAAAAUAGAGGCUUAACAGGUGAUUCUAUAACCCAAAAUCUGCAACAUCAUAACUUAUGAAGGGGUUCGAGGAUUGAGCCUUGGGGAACUCCGAAUGAUAAUGUUAAAAUCUAUGAAAAAGUAACUUUAGCUUCUGUUUUGUAUGAUAUACAGUGUUUUUUAAACUGCCUUCAUGCAUGAAAAGACGCUGGAUUAGUGUCUUUUUUUCUUUGUACGUAUUAAAUCAGCUCUUUGAAUCUCACAACCUGAACCACUGAGUCAAAUAUGUCUCCAGACAAAUCUCUGACCUUGUCCUGGGAAUGUGAGCUUUUGCUCCGCUCGGCGAUGACUGUAGAGAUGUUUGUUGUGAGUCAAGAAAUUACAGGUUAAAAAUCCCACACACAAAAUUUAGCUGUUUGGUGUCAAGCUUCAAAAAGGCUUUCCUUUUAAUCCUGGAAGUUAGUCCAAGUGGUAUUUAGUGACUCACAUUCUGCAGUAUUCAAACAUGGUGACACGUCACACUUGAUGAAUGUAAAAGUGAUUAAUCUUAGUAAAUCCUGACGGCACGAAAGCGGCAUCAGAUAGUAUGCAAAUGUACGGCUGGAAUACUUAAGAUUAAUGUGUUUUGGUUUAUGUGAUUUAUUUGUUAUCUGUGGGUCUGUUUCCCUGUGAGGCUUUAAGAUAAAUCUGGAGUUUGUUAAUCUCUCAGUCAGGACCUGAGGCUUUUUGAGUUAUUGUCAGGACAAACAUGACCCAUUUUGGUUGCCAUAGUUUGAAAGCAUGCUCUAUAUGUGUCUUUCAUUAAGUGCAACUUGAUCUUUGUGUCCUUACUGAACUGUCACAGAUCUCAGCUUCUUGCAGGAAGGAUUCACAGAAGUCCUCAGAGAGGUGUAGCUGCAGAUCUGCUCUCAAUAGGUGUUGCUAAGUCUUUGUCUAGAUCCUUCUAUUUGUCAGCCCCGCCCUGAGCUCUCAACUGUAAGUCAAUGUCAUAUGUCAACACUGCACCCUUGGCAAUUUAGAUCAAGCGACGUUUAACCCUCUUUGAUUGUUGCAUAACCUUAAAAUAGAAACAUUAAAGUGUUUCUCUACAAAGCGAAGCCGUCAAACUCCAGAACAGGUUCAGGACGACGCCUGAAAAGUGAGGGAGUGUGAAGAAGAGCGUCAGGUCCCUGUACUUUUUAAAGACGUCUGUUUAAUGACACUUUAUCUGCUUCAGUUUAGACAGAAGUUUUGUGUUUUUACUCCAGUAGCAGGGCUGUAGAAAUGUUCAACACAAAGAUUCAGGUUGUUUCUUUGGGACUCCCCCCUGAUAAUUAAAGGUUUAAAGCAUUUCAAAUCAGGUUUGUUUUUUUAUAGAGUUAAUUCAGAAUAAUUGGUGUUUACCAGAGUGCUCUGUAGAAAAGAAAAGUAACCAAAGAAUGUAAAUAUAAACUUUGACAAAAUGAGAAGAUUUUAGAGGACUAUGAGUACUCCUGAGAGGAGUUUUCAUUUGGUUGUGAAACAGACUGAGUUAAACAUUGAUGCGUCUUUAUAAGAGACUUUCUCCAUGUGGUUAUCUUUAAUGUCUGAAACGCUGAGUGUGCUGAGUGUUAAAUAAUGUCUCUUCAGGCCGGGUGGGUUGUGCAAUAGUGUGAUGGUGGUCCUGGAUUUGCAUCGUACAGAAAAUGUUUUAGUAGUGAGUAAAAUAGUUUAUUAAAAGUUGGCCCGAGUACAUAUGCCGAUGCUUUUCUAUGAACACAUAUGUUAAUUGACCUUUAAUUUUAUUGUACUUAAAUACUGUGGAGAAAAGUGAAUGUGUGCAGCAUUCAAGUCCAAGACACACUUCUCUACAUUUGUGAUAACAUUUAAUAAAAUGUAACAAAAUAUGAUGUUACAUUGCGCCAUUUUAUGUAACGCAAUGUAAAGUGAGCAUUAAAAUAUGACAAGAAUGUAUCAAAAACUAAAUGUAAUGUAACGCAACAAAAGGUAUUAAAUGUAACAUAAUGUAUUGUAAUGUGAUGAAAUGUAACUUACUGUUACAUAAUGUAACGUAACCAUGUGAAGUGUCACGCCAUCACGUAUCACAUUACAUCAUUUCGCAUCUUAUAUUGUCAAAAAUCUGACAGUAUUGUAAAAUUUUGCCGUUGAACCCUUUAAUCUAAAAUCCUGCUAUAUUGCAUCCUCUUGUAUUGUAUCCUAAAGCACUGUAAACUAUCGUACCAUACCAUACAAUACCAUAUUGUGUUAUAUUGUCCGUUUGUGUCCUGACACAUCCUAUCAUAUUAUAUUGCCUGGUAACAUCCUGCGCUGUAUUGUAUCAUAUUGUAAUGUAUAGUUUUGCCUGAUGACAUCCUGCGGUGUAUUGUAUCGUAGCGAAUCAUAGAAUAUUGUUUCAGAUUGUAUCGUAUUGCCCGGUAACACCCUGCGUUGUAUCGUAUCAUAUCAUGUUUUAUACUAUCUCGCCAUAUUGAAGUAGAUUGUGCUACAGUGGAGUCUCAUUGAUUUGCUUUGUAUUGUCCUUAUAGUUUUGUAUAAUUUUGUAUACUAUUGUAACUUAUCUUAGUGUUUUAAUAAUUCUAAAGAGCCAAUAAAAUAUAAUGUCUUAAGUCUGAUUACUAGAGCUGUUAAUUAUAUUUAAACUAAGAUUUUAAAUAGGCCGCCAUUCUAAAUAUCAGUAAGACCAAGUCCUUCUGAUACAUGAAAUGGUCCAGAUCUCAGAGAUUUGAAAUUUUGUGCUUUUUGAAAAACAACUUUAAUUAGCAGUUUUUUGAAAAAAAGUUAAUUCAGCUGCUACUCCUUAAAAUGUAAAAUUAAAAUCCUACUUUCCUGACGUCAAAGAGAUCACAGUGGACAUGUCGGGUUCUUGUUUACUUUUCCCUCUUUCUUUCUGAGCUGAAUGGUUGAAUGAAUGGUUCACUCCUGCUGUGUUAUAAAGCAAACAUUACUGAGGUCUUGUAAGUGCACCAUAACCAGUUUGUUUUGCUUGGCUGACGGCAGAAACUGACGACGCUGACACACUGAAAGGAUUUUAUGUCAAGCCAUCUUGUACCUCCCUCACCCACGCUCAGUCUGCAGGCAGGGCGCUGAUACAAAUCAAUGAAAAAGGUAUUACUGCAGAUAAUGCCCUGCAGAGUGGACCUGGCAGAGGUAUCAGAAAUCCCUGGAGGACAUUUACCCAUUACUAAAAAUUUACUGGAAUUGUUCCUCACUGGAGCUCGGAGGGACAAAAGCUGUAGCGCACUUUAAGAGAUAAAGCCAACCAAUUAUAUGUGAGUAUAAAAACAAAAGUGUGAGAGCGUCUGUGAGCGUUCGGCCAGGUGGUUGUUUAUUUCCCUCUCAUCUGCCUGAGAGCCGGAGCAGCAGAGCUCAGCGAGGCAGAACAUCCCGGUAAUGAGUUCUAACCUGUAUCAGAAGAAGCAGAACAGCAGGGGCAAUUAGUCAUAUUUAGAGGGUAGAGACUCCGACACGCCGCCUCGCUGCUGGACACACGGGUAAUCGCUGAUACCUCUGACAUGACCUUGGCAGUCUGCAUCACCUGGUCUUGAUGGAGGAUGCAGGUGGUUCAUGUUUAAGCAGCGUAAAGACACAUAAGCAGACACUUGGGAAGUGUGAGUGCAGCUAAACAGGGCUCAAAUAAAUUAUGUUUUUCCAUAUUUAAUCAAAAGUGUUCACAAUUAUUCAAGCAAACUCACUAUGAGUUAUAUGUUUGUGCCAUAGUUUGGUAUUAAGAUGUUGCCAGAAGAAGCUAAUUGUGGCCUGUUGCAACCUGUCAGCAACCUCCAGUGAUGAGAAAUUAAGCUAAGUGCAAAAAACUGCAGUUCCUCCAGUGUCCACUUGAGGCUGUGUCCUAAAGUGAAGGAAUUCCCAUUAACCUCCAUAAUGACGUGUCAGUUUUAACAACAGGAAUAAACAUGUUUAAAGAAUGUUUGUUCAUAUACACUGUACAGGGAAUCAUUUUUUCUUUUCUUUUUUAUUUCAAUUUUUUUUCUCAAAUUUUUUUCAAAUUUUUUUCAAAUUUUUUGGGCGAUUUUUGCCUUUCAUUUUACCCUGUGCUAACAAUGUAAUGCAAAAUCCCCCCCAAAAAAUACUUAAAUAAAGAAGAAUCAACAGAAUCAGUAUUUCCAAUAUUCACUCUGAAUCAACAAUAAAAUACAAAAUCAUCAAAAAAAAAAACAAACAAAAAAAAAAAUAUCAAUAGAGCCACUAUUUCCAUAUGACGUGUCAGUUUUUACAGCAGGACUAAACAUGUUUAAAGUAUGUUUGUUCAUAUACACUGUGAACAAUAUUUAUUUAAUAUUAUUUCUUUUCUUUUUUUUCAAUUUUUUUUCAAUUUUUUUUCAAAAUUUUAAUCAUUUUUUUGGGCAAUUUUUGCCUUUUAUUUCACCCUGUACUAACAAUGAAAUACAAAAUUGUCCAAAAAAUACUAAAAAAAAAAAAAUCAGUAGAAUUAGUAUUUCCAAUAUUCACCCUGUACUAAUAAUAAAAUCCAAAAUCACCCAAAAUAAUAAUAAUGAUAAUAAUAAUAAUAAUGAUCAAUAGAGUCAGUUUUUCCAAUAAAGCACUUGCUACCAUUUGGUUGCGAGCACCAGGGUGGGCUCAUGGCACCCCUGGCUGCUCAUUUUAGACACGCCCCUGUUUGUUCACAUACAGCUAUUCAUCCAUAACUCAUUGGAUUAUCGUAAAAAUAAAGAAAUUAAUUAAGUUAAGGAGCUUUUUUCACUCCGGCUUUGGAGACAUUUUAAACGCCCAUCUGUUUUUAUCGUUCCACUCUGUGCAGCAGCAAACACAGCCGGGCAUCCUUGAUCUAAUGAAGCUUCUCCCUUCACAGUAACAUUGCUGCAUUGCUCCAGUUAAAGAUAUAGGUCAAGAGAGGUUCAGACACAGUCCAAUUCAUCCUGCAAACAGUCGGCCUGCACCAUUAAUCCUGCGUAAUGCUGCGUAAACUGUGCGACUCAAUGAAAAUGUGUAACUCUGUGUGUGCACAGCAAGGUUAUGGCAGCGAGGGGACAAACGUAAUCCUCUUCUGGCUCCGUCUUUUGUGCUGCAGAGUAUUUUUAACUCAUGGUCUCAUUCAGAUAUUUGUGGCUGUCGUUGUGGUUCCUUAGACUCGAUAAAGACGUGUUUCUUCCUGGAAAGCAGAAAACACAUGUUAGUCUGGGGUUUAGCUGCUGGAGUAUAAAGGUGGGAUGUGGCUGAAAAGGAGGAAGAAUCUAUUAAAGAGAUGUUUGAAAAUGGAAAUCUUAAUCUCCUCCAACAGGCGGGGAGGAUAGUCCUUUUUGCUGUUGUGGAGCUGCAGGCAUCUGAACUCCAGAAGUAUUGUUUGUGUUACUCAAACCAUUAUCACGUGUCAGUGCGUUAGCUUUGGUGAUUGAAGAGGGCAGGAUUUCCACAGGCUUCCACUAAUGGCUUCAUCAUUUUCUGGUCGUCAUUUCAUGCAGUAUUGUUCCCCCCGUUGAAACCUUGCCUGCAGGAUCAACUUUGUGAUUGAUGGGAGGACGUGUGAGCGAUGAUUCUCGAGUUUUCUUCCUGCAUCAGUGGGAGCUGAGUUUGGUUGUUCAUCACGGUUUCGGCCUGAGUGAAAUCCAAAGAGUAACUCGUGUAACCGGCCACGCUUGUUAGGCUUCGUAUGACUUUGUGACAGCAGGAGGGAGGAAGAUAUGAUGCGUCACCCUGUGGAGCCUGCGGACCUCUGCCCCCGGCCUCUGACACGGUUUAAUCUGCCGACGAGUCGCUGCUGCUGAGGGCGGAGAGAUGAGCAGUUGGAUGCUGAGAUUGAGGGAAGACGGGACAAAGAGGGAGAUUACACACCGUUAUUAUGUCGGCUGUGUGUGAGGCUGUUUGACAUUGUUCAGACUGAGGCUGUGAGGGUGGGAUGUCCAAGGACAGUGAGUGUAAGAGCUGCAGAAAUAUGACAUGGUGCACAAAAACUGGCAUAAAAAGGGUUAUACAUCGUUUUUUUAUUCAUUACUUUUUUAAUGGUUAGGGCUGAAGUUGCUGAAGUAAGAAAAAAAAUGUUUAAAAAAUUAUUUUAUGAGCUCUUACCUGCAUGUCUGUUUUGGGGACAAAGUAGGCAGGAUGGAGCUUCAAAUGAACAGGAACUGAAGGUUAAACGCAGAGAAACUGAACUUUAAUUCAGUUUUUACUGCUCAUCUCACCUCGGCUGUUUCAGUCAUGCACAUGGGAGUAAGAGAAGGUGUGCUCUACCUGUUUCUAUUUUAAUAACUCAGGUGGUAGGUGGUACUACUUCACAAUCAUCCCAGUCCUGGACCUUCAAGUCUUAAGACCGUAACUCUGCAGCAAAGUCCACACAUCAGGAUUCAGUGGGUGUAAGUGUUUGGUUCCUCAUGGGUGCUAAAUCAAGUCUUGUAUCCCCACAGUCCCUGACCUCCUGCUAGCUGGAUGUCCUCUUGGCCAAACUCCAGACCCACUCUUGUCAUGUCCUCGUUGAUAGAGCUUCAGCGCUUCGUUUCUGCAGAGAGACGCUGCUCUUGACUUUCCCCCCUUGCUGACAGAUUAGAACAAAUGGCCCCGUAGAGGUGAGCAUAAAUUAUGAGGAUGCGGUUUUGAAAACUCUCCUCGAUUGUCGGACCGUUUAGCCGAAAGAUAAUGAACCCAUUUGUCAAACCUGUGUGUGCAUGUGCGUUAAUUCCUACAACAUCGUCAGGAUUUGAUAAUUGAUUGCCCUGAAACACGGUUAGUAUUCACCGCCGGGCUCCUGGAGUAUUCUGCAGGAUUUAACUAAUUCACCGCAGCAUUAUCGGAGUCUGUUUGGCUGCUUAAACAGGUAAUAAAGAGGCCGAGCUCACCUGACAGUUUGUUUUCAGUGUGAAGUGUUGCAUCUCUGCGGGCUCCUCUGAGGUGCUAAUAUGCUGGAGAGGUUUUAUUAUGAGCGUCAUAAAGAGGUAUUACUGUCCACUAGAGGAGAUUCACACACACACACACUGGCGUGGGUUGUAUCAGUCUAAGUGUGAAUGUGUGAAUGCUCACCCACCUGUCCGAAUCUCCCUCAUUAAUCAUAAUGAGCAUCUGCUGAUGAGGAAUUUCUGCCCACGGUUGGAGGCCGACCUCUUCUUCUCGCUUCAGAGUUAAUUAUGUGUGUGUGAAGAAAACACAGCAACAGGACGGGUGUAGAAGUGCGGAUGUAGAAGCUGCUCGGACCUCCCUGCUCUCUAUCAGUCCUUUCUCAUGUCCUCCACUUUAACCUUCAUAUCACAGCAUGUUCUCAUGAUGCCGGUUUGACAAGUCUGGACCAUCACAGGAGAUGAUGGUGAUUAAAAGAGAGUUAGGGCGAUAGACGGGUUUCUUGUGUACAAAGCCUGCUUCGGAGUGAACUGAUGCCGUGUCGUUUGCAAGUUCUCCCUGAAACAAUUGCAAUAAAAUGUCAUUUUAUUGAAAAAUCGCUUCGUCUUUCAUUGCAUCAAAAUCAGAAAAACACUUACUGAAAUAUCCAUGUAUUUCACUCAGUUUACCAGGUUGUGACGUCAUUUUAGAUGUUUCUAAUAUCAAGAUCGGGGUCGUAAUGUUUGCUGAUUGUUUGUUUUGCCGAUUCGUCCAGUUUACAGCACAACAGCUUCUUGUCAUUUUCUUUCUCUGUUGACUACGCUAGUCAACAAAUAAGAAAUGUCCCACGUGACGUUGUACAAAAACCCGUCUAUAAACCAAAAGUUUACAGAUACCGUAAUUUACGACAACAACCGACGUCAUUUUGCCCAUAUUGGUAUAUUUGGUGUAAAAAAAAUAAAUAAAUCAAAGUUGGUUUUGGAUGUGUGUAGGUAGGCUAUGGUCUCAUGUCCCUUUUAAGACGCUGUCCAACAUCAGAGACGUGACUCCACUCUAGGUCUGUCUGAUAUCAGCCAAAAAACAAAUAUCGGAUUAUACCGGCCUGAACCUCAAAUCUCUGAUAUCAGCACUCUGAUACAAGCAGUCCAUACCAGACUCCACUCCGGCACCUCUAUCACAUCAACAGUGUGUACUAAGGUACAAACAAAGUAGCAAGGAGUAGAAGUGAUGUCAGCUGUGUGACAGUAUAUUUUUCGUUAAAGUCCGAAAAAGACAUUGCAGCUGAGUGCAAAACUUCUCAUGCACAAGUUUGUGCCAAUAUUGGAUCAAUAUCCUUAUCAGCCGAUACUGAAAGCUACAAUAUCGGAAGUAAAAAAGUUGUAUCUGGACACCCCUACUUCACCCCAUCCAGUCCGUAACAAAGAUGAAAAGACAGGUGAGAAGAUGGAAGACGGUUCAAAAGUUGUAGCGGCUGAAGUAGACGAUGUUAAUGUGUGAGGGGGUGAGCAGCUUGUGGAGUAGUUAUCGUCCAUUUAUCGUUAUUGAGGUGAACUGAUCAAUAUAUCGUGAUAUUGAUUUGAGGCCAUAUCGCCCAGCCCUAGAAAAGCUUUGACUUAUACAGCAGUGAGGGUUGCAUCAUUUCGCUUGCAUGUUCUGCUCUACUCCGGCUUUAAGCUUUAAUGGAUAAUGUGUUUGAUUUAAUUACAUACAGGAGGUUUAAAUCCUGUAUUUUAAUGCGCUGCAGAUGUGGGAUUUAAAAAAGCAACACUCACACGUUUUCUCGUCUCGUCUGUCGAUGUUGUUCUGAGACUUUGAGCUUUUGAGUGAAACUGAGAGAGCUGUCAGUGCCAGAGGAGCGGCUCUGAAGUAACUGGAGUGUGAUGAUGAAGACGCUGCUUCAGGUUAUAGCUGAGCCGCUGAGGAGCGACAGACUGAUAACAGAUAACCUCCUCCUCUCCUCUGCCUCUGAUGGUGCAGCAUGGCGCAGAUUUGUUAUGUGCUUAUUUACAGAGUUUGGAAAUCAGUCAGACAGCGGGACGCUUCACUCAGUCGAAUAGAGAAGAGAGGAGGAGGCUCUGCACCUUUAGGCCUUAUUUAAAGUAGGAAAAGUACUGGAGUACUGGAGUCCAGUCUGAUCUGAUACCAUGUAAUUUAUUGAAUUAGUAAUUUCUUCACUGGUUAGCUCUGUUCUGUUGAAAUAUUGUGGCGGCAUUUUCAUUUUUUUAGAUAAUUAUUCUUGGAUUUAUUCAGUUAAAUUGCAUUAACUGUUUUUUUUACUGAUCUCUUUAAAAAUAAUUGGUUUGAAUUUGCUGUAUUAGUGUUUUACAAAGAGUUUAACCUGAGCCAGACCUGACCACGAUGAUUAUCACAGUCAUGCAGAUCCAGUAUGAUAUUUUUUAAUAACAAACUGGUAUUGGAUCAGUACUCUGUAUCAGCCCGAUACCAACAGCACAAGUAUUGGAAUCGGUAUCAGGAGGGAAAAAUUGGUAUCGGACCAUCUCUAAUCAGAAUCUACUGUAUACUUAUUAAGUAUUGUGAUCCUUAUUCUGUCCGAAAAUAUGAGUAAUGAUUGGAUAACAGUUGUUGUAUUUGGGUGUUAAUCACUUAAAUCAAGGCUAAUUUGAGUCACUUCCUAUGACACAGGUGAUUAUUCCUGUGACUCAGAGUGUUUUAACUUAUAUGAGUCUGUUAUGUUUCAUUACCUGAGAUUGAGGAACAGAUUUUGUCAAAGUAGCUCAAGUUUUUAUGGACAUGUAAUAGUACAAAACAAAAAAAUACCUUUGAAACCUGUGAAAUUUUGACAAAAACAGACCUUGGUGGUUUGGAAAAUUAUUCAAACCUUAUAUUUCAGAUUAAAAAGAAUAAAUGUCAAAUACUAAACCUAAAAAGUUUUAUUGUUUUGUGAAAAAUAAUUUGACGUCUGCAUGUUUUAAAAAAGUUUGAAUUGGGGACAAAAAAAAAAUCUGGAAAUGUUUUGAAAUGUGAAAAAACACCCGGAGGAACAUCUCCGACUGCAGAAAGUGUUCCUCAACAAAGACUUCCUCAUCUUUAAACACGUAAAGAGAUUUUCUUUUCUUUGGAUGUUAAAGUCUGCAUUAAAAAAACAGACAUGACUCUGAAGUGGAAAUCACAGCAUGAGCUUAAAAACUUGCUCUCUGUGAUCACGGUUGGUUGAAACAGUCAGAGAACAUUAAAAACAUGAUCCAGAAAUGUCAGAAGAGGUGAUUCAACGCAACAGUAAAAAUAAAACAAGACAAAUAUUCAGAUUUAACAUUUUAAAUAUCGUCUGUUUUCAACCAGACUGUGAACCAUCACAGUCUGUUCCUGAUCAACAGUGAACACAAAAAGAUGUCCUUCAGUUGAAGUAAAGAAAACAUUUAAAAAUGUAGAUGACUAGGACUUCAGCAGAGACUCCUUAUUAUGUAAGUGGUUCAGAUCUUGAAGUGAACCUGAUGACCCUGAUGCUGGGCUGCUCUCUUUUAUAACACCCUGUGUUACACGCAGCUGCAGCUGGUCCUGCCAGUUCUUAAAGGGCAGCGCUGAGAAACUGCUGCGUUUUCGACUCUCCCAGUUUUAAAUCAGAGUCAAGCGUCUUCGCUGAGGCGCUGCAGACUCUGUCAAAGAUGUUCCACUUGAUGUGCUGUAAAUAUGUCUAAAGCGUGACGUCGUGGUAACGGGUGUGAGACCAGCGCACAGUAGCAGGACACGGUGCUGCACAGACUCUUUCCCGCGUGGUGCUUCUUGAUACCAACAUGCCUGAAGUCAGAUUUGCUGCACAGCGCGUUCCCUACAUGUCCUGUGUGUUUAUGUGACCACAUGGCGUCCGAUGACACACCCAUGUUGCCGCAGCAACCGGGGUCCCUCAGUUGUGUUGUCGCUGAUGUCACCCCCACCCAGUCACGACCAAACUCCACCUUUCCUGUGUGUCAGACGCCCACCUCUGAGCUGUCCUGGAAACAUUAGCUCAGCUGUGACACGGUCCCACCUCAUGUAGAAAAACAGCCUCGGCCUCUGUGGACCAUUAAAACCAGUCAUCUGAAACCUGAGCGCCGCAGACACACGCCAAAAGAGCCCGAGCAGCACAGGAAAUGACAUCACAGGAGUGGAAAGUGGGGUUAACAGUCCCCAGAGCCGCUGCUGCUGUGUUUUCGCUCUGGUAAUGGACUCUAAUUGGAGGUUUGUGAUGGAGUCUGAAUCCUGAUCCUGGAUGAUGUCUCAUUUAGAGCUGCUGCUGCUGGGUCGAGUGUGAUCCCUGAGAAACGCCCGUCAUAAAUACCCCAUCAUCCCUGAUUCACACAGGAGUCGUGAGGCAGCCGUGAAUAAACAUGACAGAGUUCAGCUCCAGAACACUUAAAGGUGUUUAAACAGCCGGGCAGGUGCGCACAGGUGCUGCAGAAACAACAGAGAGUCACUCAUUAUACUUUAGAGAGCCGACUUCCUCCACUCAACGCCUGGAGCGGUCGCUGCAGUGUCUGUAACGUGCGGCAUAAAGAGGCUCCUAAUGACGCCUGAUUGCAGCAAUUUGCAUCAAAAACUGAUCUCCCUCUCAGAGCUGUGAUCCGUCAGAGUCGAGCACACCUUUACUCUCUUUAUUUAGAUCGCUCUGACGAAGGGAUCAGCUUUAAGACUUUCUUUGAAUGAUUGUUUGAAUUAUGGAAUUAGAGGACUUGCACAUGAUUGGAUAACCUGAAGAAGAGGUAUCAGUAUGUUCAUUUUAAUAACACUAAUUUAGAACUCACCUGGAAAUCACCUGUCACCUGUGGAGCACUAGCCUGGCUGGGCCAUCCAGUUGCGUGAAUCACUUGCCGUUCCUUCCCACAACAGUCGGGACUUCGGCCAGAAUUGGGAGCGUGUAUUAGCGAUCAGAAAAUAACCGGGCCAAUCAGUGACUGUGUUUCCACUGUUCCCCGGACAACAGGGAAAGGCAGCCCCUGAUUGGUCCAUGUGUAGAUGGUGACGUCUAACACAUGCUGCGGGACUUUUCAAAGCGCCGUCCAUUCAGAACGCAAUUAAUUCUGCAGUUGACUUUGCAAAGUCGUCAGAAAUCGUUUACAGAAGACAUAAGAGACAUUGUUUGCUCGCACACGUUUACUUGAUGCUUGAGAGCCCAGCAGGGAACACAGUUAUGCACUGUGAUGACGUCAGAUGUUUGGUUACGGUGAUUGGUUACAGUAGUCCGUCUAUCAAGGAAAGUACUCCCGCCCACUUUUAGGGCUCCCAAUUGGCCGAAGUCUAGACUGAUUUUGGAUGGAUGGCCCAGCCAGGCUAGUGGAGUGCCGAAAGCAGGGUUAGGUAUCGUUUGAUUUUGAACGAUUCCGGUUCCAAUUCUGAUUCCGUUCGUUCCUACACCCGUUCGGUCAUAUUAUACCAAAAUAAAUAAAUACCGAACCGAACCGAAUGAUUGUUUUUGACAGUGAAACUCGGUUACACAAACCGGUGCAUCUGGUCACCUUUCAUGAGCUAAUUAACGAUCAUAAAUCAAAGUUAACAAAGUAAAGUUGUAAGGCAGUAUAUAAGAAAUAAACACAACAACAAAUCAUCAAUAUUACUUUAGCACCACUCUGCAUCAGGGAUGACUGAUAAAGACUGUGCGAACAUAAGAGUAUGAGCAAGACGUGAAGUAUCGGUUAAAAUCAUGUCAGGCUGAGAGAGAAACGGUGAAAUCUGAAUCUGAACUAAUUCAUCAUAAACUCAGAGAGACUUCUUCUCAGUAAAGAGUGAAUUAGCGGUUCUACUCUGAACGCCUCCCAUGUGUCCUUAAGGAGCCUUCAGCUCCUUACCCUAUCUCUAAGGCUGAGCCCGGACACCCUAUGGAGGAAAUCCAUUUCGGCCGCUUGUAUCUGCGAUCUCGUUCUUUCGGUCAUUACCCAAAAUCCAUGACUAUAGGUGAGGAUCGGCACGUAGAUCGACCGAUAAAUCGAGAGUCUCGCCUCACAUCUCAUCUCUUUCUUCACCACGAUGGAUCGGUUAAGCAUCACUGCUGACGCCGCUCCGAUCUGCCUGUCAAUCUCCAGCUCCAUCCUACCCUCACUAGUGAACAAGAUCCAGAGAUACUUGAACUCCUCCACUUGAGGCAGGACUUCCCCUACGACCUGGAGAAGGCAAUCUACCUUUUUCCGACUGAGGACCAUGGCCUCUGACUUGGAGGUGCUAACUUGUGGAGUAGUUAUUGUCCAUUUUUUGUUAUUGAGGUGAACUGAUCAAUAUAUUGUGAUAUUGAUUUGAGGUCUUAUCGCCCAGUCCUACUGUAAUGUGGACUGAAGUAGGCCCACCUUGAGUCCAGAUCCAGCGUCUUUACUCCGUCUGCUCCCUCAGUGUCAGACUUUAAACUGCCCUCUGUCGUCGUCGAGCACAUUUACAGACGACAGGGUUUAAAUCUCUCGCUCUGCAGCGCUCGUGUCAAAUGAUGAAAUUACCACUCGGGUUCUCGGAGUACAGAAUCCACCCUCAUUAUUUACACAUUAUCUCCUGUAGCCGGCUCUCCUAGAAAGAGACAGACUCAUUCGUUUCCCCCCGACCCUAAUGGGAAAGUUUUUUUUUUUACUCCUCCGUUGUUUCUUCCCUCAGCCUCGGCAUAUCCGUCUUCAGAGAGAUCUCUCACUUCCCGCAGCGAGGAGCUUUCGGCGUGCGGAGGGAGAUUAAGACGAGAUAUCUCAGACUCUGGGAAAUGAUGCAGAAGGAGCUGUUUUCAUUUUCUGGGUUUAAUAUUUCAAUCAAACACAAAUUACACAAGGAGAAGAGUAAUUAAUGCAAAAUUUUCCCUUUUCGCAUCACAAUGUUUCUGAUUUCUUGACUAAUUUCUUCUUGAAUUUGCAGUUGUGUUUUAAAGAAUUGUUUGUGUAGUUAAUAAAUCAUCUCUUCAUUUAACAGCACGAGCUCUUGCAGUUGGGAAAGCGGUCCAGCAGCUUCAGGGACUGUUUUACGGCCAACUUUUAACUUGUCUCGACUUGCGAACGUGUGCACCUGCUCCGGUGUGAAAUAACGCAGAAAAAUACUAAUCAAACCAGCUUUAUGAGCCCGGAGGAGUUUUUACUUCCUUUAAAAAGACACAGAGGAGUGCGCUGAAGUAAAGUCUGCCCAACCGUUUGAUCCAGUCGGAGUAAACACACCAGGUAGCCAGCUGUGAGGGGGCGUGGCCAGAGAGGAGCAGAGCUGGGUUAUAGUAUCAUACGGUCCCUGCUGCUGCUGCUGCUGCUGCUGUUGUUGUUGCCUCCUCCACUCCUCGGCGUUUCUGUGUGUUUUUAAACUUUAAUGGGAAGUCAAACCCUCGGAGCUCAGGUGUCACUGCCUCACCGACCGUGGUGUGAGACGGGGGGCAAAGGGUGAAGAGGACAGCCUCGACUCUGACGGAUGAGACGUGACAAACCUCUGUGAGCUCCUGUGUCGUCCAAAAACAUGAGGCUCAGACCGAUUAUUGGUCAUGGCUGAUUAUCGGGCCAAUAUCCUGUUUGUAUCAACCUUUUAGUUCACAGAUCACCAGUGAAAUUAACUCAUUAAAUAGUGCUCUCUUUUGGCUCUGCUGCCCUUUUUCCCUUUAAGCAUUAAACUAAAACUCUUGUAUUUGAUGUUGAAUGUUUGAGUUUGGUUUGUCCAAAAGUUUUAUGAUGACGUUUAUAUUAAAAAAUCUACAUUUUGAUACAAACUUUACAAAUUUUUUCAUGUGAAUUUAUAUGUCAGUUUUUGGUCUCACAAACUUCUGAUAAUGGGUUUUAGUAUUGACUCUGAAAACCCAGUUUCAGUCGACCCCUCUUAAUGUUCAGAAACUGUUCAAAUGUUUUUCCCCUCCACCACAGUAGGUGGCGAUCUGCCCUCUUAAAGCUCCUUACUGAUCUGUCCCCUGGUUGAUGUGUCACAUCACUAGGGGUGUCCCUAUACAACUUUCUCACUUCCAAUACAACACCGAUAUUGUAGAGUUCAGUAUUGGCCGAUACUGAUAUUGAUCCGAUAUUAGCACAAACUUGUGCAUGACAACUUUUUUCUGGCUUUUGCAAAACAUACUGCCAAACAGCCGACAUCACUCCGACUACUACUACUACUUUGUUAGUACUUUAGUACACACUGUUAUUGUGAUCACAUGGGCUCUACAUGCUGGAUCCAGGCGCUGCUAGAUAGAAGUGCUGGAGUGGAGUCUGGAAUGGACUGCUUGUAUCAGAGUGCUGAUAUCGGAGAUUUGAGGUUCAGGCCGAUAUAAUCCGAUAUUCGUUUUUGUCUUGCUUUUUUCUAAUAUUGGGCCAAUAUCUGAUAUCAAUAUCUGAUCGGGACAUCCCUAUAUGUCACAUACCGAAGCACUCAACAAAUAUUGUUACCCCCAAUUUCCACCACAUCCGGAACGGCUAUAAAAGGAUUGUAUCUGCCGAUCACAGCUGAUUGUAACCAUUAAAGUUAAUGUGUCAGUUUCCACCGACUUCUCUGUAAGUGAGGAAUGAUGGUAAAACGUCCUCCACUGAAGCAGGUUUAGGAGUGAGUUAGAGAAAAAUUUGGUGAAUACUCCUUUAAGUCUCUAAUGAUGAGUGUUGUGCAGACCGGGCGUCUGGUAAUCAUGGCGCAGUGAGCGGAGGUUUGACAUAGUUUAUGCUCCUCUCAGUCUGAGGAGAACAGAAGCAUUUUUUAUUCCUUACAUUCACUCCACAGCGUGUGAUUUCUCAGCCUUCAUUAACUCCCUCAGCCGUAGAUCACUUUGAAAGACCUAAAUCCACACGGCUUCAGGAUUUCGUUGGCAACAGUUGAGUCAUUUAGUCAGAGACCUGCUGAGGCGAUGAUGCAAACACGCUGAUAGUGAAGGUGAGUUAAUCAUGUGCAAUUAUGACAGAGUUAUUCCUGUCUGAGAGUCUCCUGUAAAAACACUCAAGACCUUCCUCCUGAUAUUUCAUCUCUGUUUAAAGCGUUACAGCGCGUUUCUUCUAAGAAUUUUUAUUGUCUCGUCCUUCAGGAUAAGCAAACAGGAGCCUUCAGGUUUUAACGAUUGAAAAUCAGUCUGAACUUCUCUGCAGGAGUCCUGAAAACGUCUCCAGUCUGCACACGUCGUAAACAGCAGUCAAGCUGCUAAUCUGCUAACGGAGCUUUCAGCCCAAACCGCAGCAGAGGUCCAUAAUAAAAUGUUAUUUUUGGACUGAAGUGGGUAAACAGAUCUAAUUGUUCUCAUAUAAAAUGCAAAUAGAUUCUGCUGAACCAGAGAAACAGGAAGAGUUUUCAUUCGUUUGCUUUAACUCGGGGAAUAGAAACAUCCCACUGAUGCACAGUUAUGGUUUCAGACUUGAAAUAGACUUUUCUGGACUUAUUUUAUCAGAGUAAUCCAGCUCUUUAAAACCUGACUGAGGCGAUGUCUGACAGUUAUUAAAGGUACAGUGUGUAGUUUUAGCAGUGUUUGGCUGAACACUUUAUAGAAGCAGAAGUUAAUCUUCACAAGUAUGUUAAGUGAACAAUCACCUGAAUAUGAAAACUGUUCUGUCUUAGAGAGAGUCUUUUAUAUCUAGAAAAGAGCCACAGAGAAAGGACAAUCUAGUUACAUACGUGUUUUUGUAUUCAGUUAGCUGACAUGUAAAAUGCAACUGAAUGAAAGUCAAGGACGAAAAAGAGGAGAGUGGUUUCUGUUGUAUGGAAAAUAAUUUGUGGAUGUUUUUUGACAAGAGGAAGAUCAUAUCGAGGAGCUUCUGUUGCUUCACUAAUUGGAGGGGUGAGCGAGGGAGCAUUUCAACCUAAUAGAUAUUACUAAAUAUUCCUACACUGCCUUUAAAUCAGCGUCCCUUUGAAUGAUUAAAAUUCUUCCUACAGAAAAAGCGAAUCUUGUUCAGUGAAUAAAAAUUUACACAAAAGUCUGACUUCUGCUUUGGGAAGUGGUGAAAACCAAAAAGAGUGUCAAUGAUAGAUUUUCAAUUUAAAAAUCUGAAAAUAUGACAUGGAAAUUUUUUCUGUUAUGUGUUCCUGCUGCCACUAAAUCACCGUCAGAGAAAACUGUAGUUGUAUUUUGAGUAAAGCUGAAGUGAUCGUGGGAUGAAAUUGUGCACAGUGGAAAUCUUUAAAGGGAUAUUCCCGCAUAAAAUUAAUUUAGGGUCAAACACACCGUAACACCGAGUUAGACACACUCGUCGUGAGAUGAAUGUUGUCGACCGCUUGGUUUUCUAGUUUUACCAAUUCAAGCAAUGACCGCAGACAGCAAUACAGAGAGCCACGCGCUCAACCAAAACGCCACUCUAUAGCCACAAAUAAGAACAGCACCUAACUUCAUCAACAGGAAAUACAGGGUCACAGCCAUAGUACUAGACACCAAACAUCUUGUCAGCUUUACCUGAUUUCUUUAGCAAAGAGACUAAACACAACUCACCUACUCUCUUCCAGCUGCCGCUUGUUUGUAGUGAGACCUCAGGCCAGUUCAUUACAGACUACAGUGGGGUGACGCAGCUCAAGGAAGAACAUUUCUCAAGGAACAUUUCUCUCUGUUGCAUUGUUGUCUUUGUUUUGGACUUAUGCAUGUGUUUGUAAAGUUGUGUCCUUUCUGGAUUUGCAGUGCAUUUCUUCUUAUAAAGAUCCCUCAGGUCAUUGCACGUCGUUUUUCCUUGUCAGCCACCGUACUAUAGAAUAAACUCAUGAGGAACAUUGUGAAGAUUGGAUUUUUAUCUGUUUUGCUCAGGUUUACUCUUUAAGUAAACUCUGUCAAUAAGCUGAUUUCUGCCAUAAGAUAUUCAUAAAGAAAUGCAUCAGGCUGAAGAGGCCAGUACUGUACUCAUAUUAAGAUUUCAGACUUAAUAACAAUAAAUUUCAGACUUUUAAACUGCAAAAAUGAGGAGAUGUUAAAAACCGUUGUUAAAGCAGCACAGAGAAAGCUUCAUAAAACAACUCAGGCGGUAGUUUUAGUCACUGUGCACAGAGCAUUUAGUGUUUGUGGAAGUAUUGUUCUGCCCAAUUCAGAAUAAACUGCCAGCUUGUUUUGGUUUCCAUAUGAAUGACUCCUGAUAGAAACACGCUGGCAGGUUGUUCCUUUGCAGCGAAUCACUGCGGCGCACCCUCAGACGCCUGCGUGUUCCUGCUGUGAACCUUCAGGUCCAAACCUCUGCACAAAGAAACAGAGAGAAUUCAAUUUGACAGCAGACAGACGAGCAGCUCAAGUGCGAUCCAGGCGUUUCAUCACACACCUGAUGACACACCGGGGUGAUUUCUAUACCAGAGACUGUGCGGCACCCCUCAGUGACUCCCCCCCGAGUGAGCUGUUUGUGUUCCUGCAGUUAUUUUAGCUCUUUGCACUCUCCGUACCCCCGCUUCAAAAAUCAGUUUCAUCCCAGAGCGAACGGCGGAGCAGCGCUGUGAUAAGACGCAGAAAGAUGUUGCCCAUGAUAACACAACUUUAUAUAACGAGCCAUCACACAACAGGGGUGCAGUUAUCCCCCGUCCUGUGAGCUCUUGAAUUUAAUUUGUCUCCGUGUCCCUCUGAGGCAGAGCAGCUUUUGCUCGGCUUGAGAUACUGAAAGACCUAAAAAGAAAACAACUUUUGUCCUGAGUUAGAACCUCUGGCGAACAUUGAAAUCAGUGAGGAAGUGCAAAGAAGCUGCAGUUCCUUGAGUGACCACUUGGGGCUCGCUGUACAGCUACAGAAUCCCCAUUGACUCCCAUGUUCAAAUGCUCAACUUUAGAGCAAAAUUAAACAUGUUUACAAACUUGUGUGAAAAAUAUUUUUUGGUAUGUAGCAAAUUUAUUCCUUCACUCACACUGUACAGGUGUUGAUUUUUUAUAACUCCUCUAUUUUUAAGACGUUGCGACCAAGAGUUAUACACAGGUUUGCAGAAUUAAAGGCAAGUUUGAGCUCUUUUAGGGAUGGGCGAGAAAACGAAAAUUUACUGAUACUGAAAUUUACGACAAUAACCUACCUCAUUUUGCCCAUAUUGGUGUGAGCAGCUUGUGGAGUAGUUAUCGUCCAUUUAUCGUCAUCGAGGCGAACUGCUCAAUACAUCGUGACAUUGAUUUGAGGCCAUAUUGCCCAGCCCUAGUUCUUUACCUCAGGCUUUGAAGAAGGGCUGAGGAAGGGUAACCACAAAAAUGAAACACUGCAGUACUAACAUGCCAACUGCCAAGCAUGAUAGGCUGGGCGCAAUGGCUAGGCUCAACUCGUCUUAAUUAAUUUUUGGAUGGAGACUCUGGUGCAUAAACUGAGUUUAACAUUUCUGCUUUCAGCCAUAUGACAAAGGAUAACCAGCCAGAGCGCCAAGCUAACUUUGGGAUAAGCAAAAUGACGCAGAAAAUUUGAUAUAUUCGAUUAAGUAGAAUAAACAGAACAACAAAAGCCACGCAGAGAUGGUAAUCCAUGAAAAGCACCAGAUUUGACGAUCAAGAAAUAGUGGAGACAUGUUCCAUUCUGCUUUAAAAACACCUUAAUCUUCCACCUUUAUGCUUCAUAUCUCUGCAGUCUCCUGCUCGAUUCUCACCGGGAUUAGCGACUCUGUUUAAAUAUAACAGACCUUUCACUACAUUUGAUUCUGUUUCAACACACAACAAAGUGCUAAAUGAAGCUUGGAAAUGCUCAUUGUGUGAUGUGCAUUGUGUGUUUUUAAUCCCACACACACAGAGCAGACUGAAUCAAACCACAAGGAGCGGUUUGGCAGGUACUUUAUGACUCAGCUGCUGAGUCACAAAGAGGAAACUCCUAUUAGUCUCAGCUGCAUCCAAGAAAACACAGACGAACUCUGUGACGCUCUGAAAAACCAACAUGAUUAACUAGUUCGUGGAGUUAGGUCAGGUCUCUGUGGACUUGGAGCGUUAAGUAUUUUUUAGAGUAGGAGUGUGUUGUUGUAGGGAUCAGACAGAUGUAGAAAUAGUGUCUCAGUUUGGUUUGAGUGAGAGAUUUGUGGGUUUUAAGAUGCUGAAGCUGAACGCGGAGGUUUGUAGAGCUGAGUCAGGAUCCGCUGUUGAACUCUGAUACACCCGCGCUAUUGUUUGAUCCUCUGGCUCAAGGGUUUAUGUUAAAGGGAUAUUCCGGCAUAAAAUUAAUUUAGGGUCAAACUCAGUAACACCAAGUUAAACACACCGUCGAGAGAUGAAUGUUGCUGACCGCUUGCUUCUUUAGUUAUACCAACCAAAACGCCACUCUAUAGCCACAAAUAAUGCUCAGAACAGCACCUAACUUCAUCAACAGUACAUAGAGGGUCCCAGCCACCGAAAAUUUUGAUAACUUUGCCUAAUUUCUUUAGCAAAGAGACUAAACACAACUCACUUAUCUCUUCCAGCAGCCGCUUGUUUGUAGCGAGACCUCAGGCCAGUCCAUUACGGACUACAGCGGGGUGACACAGCUCAAGGAAGAACAUUUAUGAUCAUUUCCUUGAAGUAAUAAUCACCAUAUUAAUAAUUUUCACUGCAGACGCUGUAGUUCUUCUGUCUUAGCGUCUCGGUCUGAUUGUAUUUCCAUGAAGAAAUGAUCAUAAAUGUUCUUCCUUGAGCUGCGGCACUCCGCUGUAGUCCGUAAUGGACCGGCAUGAGGUCUCGCUACAAACAAGCAGCUGCUGGAAGAGAGUAGGUGAGUUGUGUUUAGUCUCUUUGCUAAAGAAAUGAGUCAAAGCUAAAAAGAUGUUUGGUGUCUAGUACUAUGGCUGUGACCCUAUAUGUCCUGUUGAUGAAGUUAGGUGCUGUUCUGAGCAUUAUUUGUGGCUAUGGAGUGGUGUUUUGGUUGAGGUUUGUUUAUGGCUCCUCAGACAGGCUGUGUAUUGCUAUCCUGAGGUUGUUACUAAAGUUGGUAUAACUAGAGAAGUAAGCGGUCGGCAACAUUCAUCUCUCGAGGGGGUGUCUAACUCGGUGUGUUUGACCCUAAAUUAAUUUUUAUCCCUUUAAAGACAGAUGAAAGUGGAUGAGGAGCCAUCCAGCAGAGGGCACCCUCAUCGUCACCUGACCAUCACAUUGCACUCUUGACCUCAUAAAACUAAAACAGUGAAAGAUUUUUGCAAAAACAGACGGUUUGUGGCUGAAAAAGACUGUCAGUCAACGAACAGUUUUAUCUGUUAAAGUGUCGUUAAAUACGAUCCUCUCGUUUACAUGCAUCAUUGACAGGUAAACUGCAGUGUUCUCAUUGAAAUCUCAGUCCCUCCCGUCUGCCGCUGUGUGCCGUGCGGAGAGGUUUCAUGUCCCUCCAUACUUCUCUUUAUUGACUGUCUGUAAGCGUGACAGCAGCUGUUGAGCUGAUUUACUGUCUCCGUGUGUCAUCACAAGAUGCCUUCAGGGUCUCUCUGUGUACAUGACGGCCGUGUCACUGAAGCGUUCACUGUCGUUAUUGAUGCAGGACGACCUGAGGACGGAGGCUGUGGUGACUGAGGGAUGUUAACAUUAAUCAGAGGGCUCUUUAGAGAGGCUGGUGAGCCUGCGUGGGUCUAAAACCAUCUUCAUUUCAGAGCACAGGUGGCUAAAGUUUAUCAUACAUGGAUGGAAACAAAAGAUUUUUAUAGAAGGUCCCAAAUCUCUGAAUUUAUCUUUUCGUGAAGUGAAGUUUUAUCCUCCACCACCUUGUUUCUUUCUGCUCAAAAAUAUCUGUGUGAGGGCUUCAGGCAGCUCCCCUGGCAUACUUAACAAGGCUCUGACCCAGUUUGAAGACUGGCUAAGUGGGUUUGUCUGUUUUUGGUUUCCUGCUUUUCUCACAUCCAAACUACCCGACACAACUUUGACUCACUUAGAGGAGCCGUGGAUGUAUUAAAGACGGCGCAGUUAUUCCGAAUAUUACUAAAACCAAAAUAUGACCAAGUGCAGAAUCAAAAUUAAACAAGUCCAACUUUUUCGGUCAAGACAAAAACAGAGAUGUCCUGACUCGUAUAUCUUUCUUUUUUUGUUGAACAGGUAAACUAUUUUAAUGUACAGACUGCAACAAAUAUCAUUUUUACAGGAUUCUCAGUCAAAGUGAAAAUCCUCUUCCAUAAACUAUCCCUCCAGAUUUUCAAUCAUAUUGCAGUAGCAACAUUGAUUGUAUGAUUAUAUACUUUCUCAUACGUCCUGAUACAGAUCCUUGAGGAACUCCAGAUCAAAUUCACAAAGUUUAAAGAAUUAAUUUCAUAAAAAUGUUGCAUAGAACUGUUAAUACUGUAUUUCUUGUUUGCAGAAUUUUGAGAUUAACAGUGACCUGACUCCACCAAGAGUGUUUUUUUUUUUGUUUUUAAGUAGCCACACUGAUUUGCCCAAACAAAACCAUUUCAGUGCCGAAGUGUAAAAACACUCUUGUCUUUGCUCUUAGCUAAAAAUAGGGUCUAUGCUCACUGACAGCAUUUUUUUUGCACCGGCAGCCCCUACAACCUUCACUGUAGAUAUUUUCAUACCUGUGCUUGUCGUUUAAAGGUUAUGUAAGUCUUCCCUGGGGUGCUGCCACUGCAAAAAAAUCAGCUAACAAUGAACAGAUGAAUUACAAAAGCAUGGAAGCGCUCUGAAAUUUAGAUCUUAGGCGCUUCAUCGCUGUCAGUGGACACAGGCCCUAAAGGUAGAAUAUUCAGGGACUUAUCUAACUCUUUACUUGUGUGAUUUUGAUUUUUUAAAACUUCUGCCAGAAAAUCAGUUUGUUGCUUCUUGACUUUAUAUGGAGCCGCUUCUGUAAGUCUUGGUGAAGUCGAUCACGGGUGAGGGGAAUUGAAAACUUAAAAACAGUCUAAACUAGUUCAAGCCAGCGACAUUAUUUGGGUCUAUGCGUCAUGGUUCCUUCAUCGAUGCUGUCCUCUAAGGUCUGCGUGCCAGGCAAAACAACAAUGUGACAGAAAGGCAGUCAGUGUGAACAACUAAGAAAGUAAGGAAGAUCAGAGACGAUCAGGUAUAAAGGUAGCCAUGUCACUGUGGUGGGCAGGUGUUUGACCCGGAAGGGCAAAAGGUUUUUGACCGUCGUGGCGCUAACUGCCGGCGUUUUCCUUGUUUGUUCAGUGUUGGAUAUCUAUUGCAAAACUAAUUUGGUUUUGUUCAAAAACAGUACAUUUUUUGUUUGCAGAAUCAGAGGAACAGGGUAAAACUCAGUAGCGCGGCGCAUCAACCGGAUUACUCUGGGUCAAGCAUCUCAGUAGCUUAAAGCAUCAAUUUAGCUCCUACAGGUAAUCUGAGAUUAUUUACGUAUUUCAUAUGUUGCUAGUCGAAGGCUGCCAUCUUUGCUGUGGUCUGUUGACCAAUCAGAGGCUGUAUCCGUGAUCAGCUGACCUGUCAAGGCCCAAUCAGAGCCCGGGCUUCCCCUCGGAAAAGCAGUGAAGGUAAUAAAACUCGUAAAAGAAACUGUAUAGACCUACUUUCUCCACUAUAAUUGAUAAAGGAGUCGAUACAGAAUUGGACUGAUAAAAACAUCGGUACCAAUAAAAUCUGAUCAACUCCCAUCUUAAGAGAAAAGAAGUAGAAAUUAUUAAACCCCAACUACUUGACUGAAGGUCCUCUUGGGUGUCUGCUCUGCUGCGAUGCUCCCUUCUGAUAAAUCAAUUUGCCGUUUUGAUUACUAUCAGCGUUUAUAAUGAGCUCAUCUGAGUCAUCUCGGGUUAUUAAAAUGAGAUACUUUAUUGCCCUGAGGGGAACAUUUGUCAUCGGGGAUAUUGCUAAUCCCAGCUGGAAACAUCUUAAUAGAGUGCGCUGCAAACUGCUGUGAUUAAAUAUAUGAAUACAAACACAUUAAAAGGAGGUAAUAGAGAAUCUCAGGAGCAUAAAUAUUAAGAACCAGGAUAAAUAUGUGAGCGUCAUAUUAGCGCUACAGAGGAGUGGGUUUGGUGUCACCUUUUCUAACCCUGGUCCAAGAUCUCCUUAAUAACAUCCCCAUGAUGUCAACCUCUAUUUUUAAACCUGCUCUGUAUUCACAGUACUGUGAGCAGGUUGAACCUGUAAAAUCUCCGUUUUUUUCCCCUUUUAAAUCUUCAGAGGAAUCCUGCAAACAGAGCUAAAAUAAUUCCUGGACAGCUCGCUGACGUCUCUCUGGGUUUUUCUCAGCAGACUGUCUCAGUGUCCAGGCAGCCGGGAGGUAAAUGAUGCAGGUGAUGACUCACACAGCCGGGCUUCCCCCCUCCGCCUCCUCCCGUAUCUGCCUGGUUUUAUCAUCUCAGGGUGGAUUUCUGCAGAGCUGCUGUCUGAGGCACGAUGAGCACAAAUAACGUCAUUUUUAUAACGCUGUAUGCAGCAAAAUCAGCUCUGUUACCCUGAAAAAAAGGGUGGCUGCCCCCCGAAAAUGAUAAUUUCUCUUCUUUUGUUUCACUGUAGUGAAAAACGGAGUUAUAUUUUCAUUGAAUUGCAAUACAGGAGCAGGUCACUAUGAGGGGAAUCUUGGGAAUGUUAACUAUGCAGAAAGGUUCAAACAGCUUGUGUUGCAUAAAAGUGAGACAUCCUUUCAGCAGCACCUACAUGAAAGUAAAAAUGUGUUUCCGCUGCCUUUACAUGACGGGAACAUUUCUGUUUAAUGCAGCUUACAUCACCGAUUUUCAGCGCCUAAAACCAUCAAUGUACCGCAUUGUUGUCACUGAGAUAUUUUUUUCUGCACAUUUAGGCAGAAAAAAAACAUCUUUUUAUAGAAGCUCCUCUAAAAGAGGACCCUACCCUCCUCGGCGCGGGUCAUUUGGACAUGCUGUUUGUAAAGAAGCGAGUAGAGAUUGCUUAAAGGAGGUGGUUUCGACUCAAUAAUAGACUCGAGAGAUGAAUUCACAAUAAUUAACCACCAACUUUAGUGAGGGGAAAUGUGCAGGAGGAGCCGAUAAAGCAGACCUACUUGUAUAGAGACAGAGCAUUAACGUAAACAGGGGGGAUUAAAUAGAAAUAAAGACUAAAGAGUUUCAGCUGUGAGGUCCUCUUAAUCUGAGAGAAAAGUCGUCCUAGACUGAGGGGAACCGACUACAGGUUUUGCACCCUGGUCUGCUCUUGUCUGGGAUUGAGGAAAAAAGUGGUCGGACCUUUAAUUUGGUUCAAAACUUCUUUGUAUUUCUCUGGAUUAGCAUGGCGAUAAAAAUUCACAAUAACAGUGUUAUUGCAGCAUUUAUAGAAAACCCCAAAAAGAUCCCAAACUGAUGAGGAAACUUUUUCUUGGACGUGAUUUGUUUUGCAGUUGCUGAUAUUUUGACAUUUAAACGGUCUUGGUUGCUUUAUUUCCUGUAUUGACAAAAACAUGCUUUUAUUUUGAAAGGACUCACAUGCUACUUCCAGUCUUUACUCCGUUUUAAAGCUGGUUGGAAAAAACACCAUUAUUGUCCCUUACAGUGUAAACCAAGUAGUCAGACAUUAUUACUGUUUGCUGAUUUUAAGUUAAAGCUCCAGUGUGGGUUUUUCUGUUUGGGAUGAAUUUGGCGCCCUCUGUGGACAAAAUGAUACCUCUGCUCUCUUUUCUGAUCUUGUCCUCUACAGAACAUGGUGUUUUCUGAUUUCAGAUCAAAGUUAGAUGGCUCACUAACUGUUGGUAUUUGUUUUAUUAAAGGUAUCCUCAGGUGGGCUGCUGUUCUUCUGGUCUGACACCGACCCCCUAACAGGACUUUCUAAUAUCAAAAAUGGUCAGGUUUGUUGCUGAUGUUCUUAAUUGUAUCUUUUAGGAAGGGCUGGGCGAUAAACCCAAAAUGUAACCAUCCCUCUUCUAGCAGCCGCUUGUUUGUAUGGAGACCUCCGGGCGAGCCCAUCGACUUCAGUGGGGUGACGCAGCUCAAGGAAGAACAUUUAUGAUCAUUAAUUUAUCAUUUCCUUUGAUCGUAUUUCCAUGAAGAAAUGAUCAUAAAUGUUCUUCCUUGAGCUGCGUCACCCCGCUGAAGUCCAGAGGUCUCCAAGCAAACAAGCGGCUGCUGGAAGAGAGUAGGUGAGUUGUGUUUAGUCUCUUUGCUAAAGAAAUUAGUCAAAGCUAAAAAGAUGUUUGGUGGCUGGUACUAUGGCUGUGAAAGUUGGUAUAACUGGAGAAGCAAGCGGUCUAACUCGGUGUUACCGUGUGUUUGACCCUAAAUUAAUUUUACGCUGGAAUAUCCCUUUAAUAUUGGAGGGGAUGAGCAGCUUGCUGAGUAGUUAUCGUCCAUUUAUUGUUAUUGAGGUGAACUGAUCAAUAUAUCGUGAUAUUGAUUGGAGGCCGUAUCGCCCAGCCCUAUUUUUAGGUCCUCUUGAUUUCCAUCUGCUCCUCUAAACCCUGAAAAUGUCGCUGCCGUUGGUCGUGUUGGUUCCCCUCGUCUGUAUUUGCUGCCUGGUUUUCUCCUCCUGAAGUGAAGCGCCCUAAACAACUUGUAGCGGAGAGAAGUAACAUAUGCUUCCUAAUAACAUAGCAGGUGCUCGUCCCCGUGCACGCAGUGAGGCAGACUGGCUCUGGUGCGCUCGUCUUCAAAGUCCUCCUCCAAAGACUGUCAUGCAGAGUCUCUUCGCUCCCGCUCCGCCCAUCAGCUCUGUGUUUGUGCCGAGCUGCAGAGGAGCGUCUCCUCAUCAGCCUUUGUCUUACAUCGCCGUGGUGUCGCACAAACGAGCAUGAGUGUGUGUGUGUGUCUGUGUGUGUGUGUGUGUGUGUGUGAGUGUGUUUGGAGACAGAUGAUGGGCCGGGGUGUGUUGCCUGCAGGCCUCUCCUCUGAAGGCAUCUGUGCUCGGUCCGAGAGCCUUCUGAUGAAAUCACAGCUGACAUUUUGAAAACGCACAACAGUCGACGAAAGCACAGCAGCACCCAGAUUUUCCUCACCUACUUCCUUCCCUUUAUUCCUCUCCUCCCAUCCUUCUGUCCUUCCUCCUUUUGUUUCCUCUCCCUCAUGCUUCACUGACCUUUCUCCGGCUCACGAUUAGAUACAAAUCAACGUUCAUGUUUUCGCCCGAUCAUGCUGAAAAUUGAGUACAUUAGAGGGAGAUUACAAUGCCGAUGAACAUGACAGCAACAUUGUUUAGAAUGAAAUCUUCGCCGCAUUCGCCAAACGCACAACAUAAGCUGUUGUUCGAGGCCGCCGUCCUGAUCAGCUGCGAUAGCGGCGAUGAAUAUUUCACUGGUGCAGAAUGUGGGUCGCAACGAGGAAGCGAGGCCUUGCGGGGAGUGCCAUAAAUAUCUCCCUCUCUCUCUGGUUAUAAUGGUUGUGCUUUAUUAGGGCUGUGUGUCUGUGCAGCUCACUGUAACAGGUCCAAGGAAACCCAGAGGAGCACUGAUGAGCCCGGGGCGAGGUGUUGCUUCAUCUGCCAUCUUUCCGAGCAGAGAAAAGAAAUCUCUCUUCUCAUUCUUCCAUCGGGCGAUGUGGGGUUCCUGAAAAAAAAAACAAUGAGCAAGUGUUUAUGUGGGUGAAAUGCUGAAAGGGGAUUGUUAAAAACCAGAAAAAAGGAAAGAGUCAUGCUGGGUUUGCAUGUGUGUGUCCUAGUGUGAGAGUAGGAGAAAAAAAACACCACAAAGACGCUUUUGCCUCCUCCGCCUGUGCGGCACGCUGAGAGCACAAAAUGUUUGGCACACCUCUUUUCAUGAAGGUUAAUUCAGGGAAACUGAUGAUGCCUGAAGGCUUUAACCCGUGAAAUCUGCUUCAUUAGUUCAUAAGAUAAAGACGGACAUGAUAUGUUGAUAUUUCCCUCAGUUAAAGAGCAUCUGCAACAGUUUACAGAGUGCAAAAAUAUGAAAUACUUCUCAACAUUCAUGCAUGACAGAAUCAUGAAAAUAUGCAUUCAGAUACUGCGCAGUAAGAAAAGUAUAAAGUGUCCAGGAAGCACAAUAUAUUCCACUUGCAGAACUAGAGAAAGGUUCGACAGACGGAUUUGGAGUUUUUCUGUAAAGCUGUAACUUUUGCAACGACAGAGCUGUGUAAAAAGUAACACCCACGAGUCUUGUCUAACAGUGGAAAAGGAGCCAAACUAAGUCUGGGGGAUAUGGGAAAAAGUUUAUCAGGAUAUAUUUUUUCAUAUCAGCAGAUAUCGAUACAUAUUAAGAUAUAAAAACUGAAAUUUAACAGCGAUUAUUGGUAGCAUGUCUUUUGCAAUACAAUAAGCAACUGCAUCUGUGAGGUCUUUGUGUCUCUUCGACGUUUGCUUCUUGGUGUUUGUAACCUUUUGCUCUGCGGCGUGGCGCUGCUUCAGGUGGAGAAAAAGAUUUGAGGUAUUCCCCGACUUUACGAGAACAUGUACUCGACAUAAUUUGCAUUUCACAUUACUCUACUUCAUGUCCGACCUCAAAAAACCAAAAUACCUCCACACCACCGACGCUUUCAUGCCAGUGUUGUCGACGAUGUCGUCAUCUGUUGAGCCUUCAUUUGCAUUUCUGUCGGGGGUAGCACUCAUUUUCUUUGUUUCUCACCAACAGUGCUUUCAGCCUCACGGGUUAAAGUGUUAUGGUUGCGUGUAGCUGCAGUCUUUCGCUACUUGGUUCUAAUUCAGCACAUGAUUGGUUCAGCUGGAAUCAGACCCGGAGCCACUCCCCUUUUCACUGGCUUUUUGUAUAGUCUACCAGAACAUGGCAGAAUGCCGACUAUUGAAAAGUAUAUUGACCAUGUUUUAUAUUAAUAUGGAGGGAAAUUAAUGUUUGAUAAAUAUCGUUAUCAUCUUAUCGCCCAGCCCUGAGCAAAACUCGUCGGGGAGUUUUUUCUGUGGUUUGUGUAUAUUACCUAAUUGGGCCAGCAGGUGUCCUCGUGGUGUUGGAUGUGUAUUUUGUAUAUAUGUAGGAACCUUUUGUCAGGGGUCAGGUGUUGCUGGAUGGAGGAGCACACAGUCAAAUGAUGAGCAAUAAAGAAAGCAGCAAAGAAAAAGGCAAUCCUGAGUCAUAUUUCACAGCUCACAAUCAACAAGUGCGGUAGCCAGCGCGUCGAUUACUUUCAGUCUGUCUAGGUGAUUUUAAGUUUUAGGCUUAGCCGCUAUAAAACUGAAGCGUUUCAGGCAGAAGCUGAAGACUGAUAAAAUGAGGGUUUUCACAGACACCUAUACGAGAUACCUGAGAAGUUUUCUGUGAAUCCUGCAAAAGUCCUGGAGGUGCAAAAAGGCGGGUCACUCUGAAAACUACACAUGAUGUAAUUCUACAUCUUGGCUGCCACCCUCUUCGACGUCUAGCUAUUUUAACUCCUCAUCACUCCACUCAACACAGGAUGUAAAACCACAUUCCCGUUGGAAGAAUGUCGCCUGUUUGUCGUCUCGCACAGUUCGAGUGCGUCGCUCUCUCUGCUGUCACUCUCUUGUCACUUUCCUGAAACACACACACACAUAUACAAACACACACACACACACACACAGAGUUAAUAGAUGCUCUGGCAAAACCCUCACCCUUGGCCCCAUAACUCGAACAAAGCCACGACAUACCACAGUGUUCGACAUGCUCCAAUUAGGAGCCUCUGGAAACAGAGUGAGUUCACUUCAGCCGCAGAGAUGGAGAGUGAUGAACCUUCUCCUGCUGUCGCAUCAUUACCGAGGCUUUAAGAGACCACAUGACAGACGUGUGUGAAAUGACGUCGAGCAGGUGUGAAAGGUGGUUUGAAGAGUCUUUAAGUUUUUCCUCAGUACCACAGUUUACAUUAAGAACAUCAGAUACUCGAGAGUAAUUGUACAAAAUACGAUAAAUCUUCAUCAGUGACAGUCAGCAACAGAGUUUGAAAACGGCUGAAAUUUCAACCCCAAUUCUGAACACUGUAAAAUGUUAAAGGUGGGGUAGGCAGGAUUCCCCCGACCUGAUUGGUUGUGAGGCGGACGCUGCUCCCCCGUGUCGUUCAGGAGCCCAAACAAAGUUAGCGUGCUACAAUAUCGGACAGUAGAAACCAACCAGAAAGUUCGGAAAAUUGUCUGAAUCCUCCUUUGGCCACGACUGCCGACACAAGCAAGAAAACAAAGUAAAUACCGGAGACUCUGGAGGAAUAACGGGCGCUUAAAACGGAGGUAGACCGGACAAGAGCUAAAAAGCCGGGUCAACAUAAACGAUGGGGGACGCUUGGGGAUCUUGGUGACCCUGUAACCUUUCUGCUGGACAGGUAAACCGCUUUAACAAAGUAAGACAAGUGUCUGUAACAGAAGUGUUUCUUGUCAAACGGACCUGCUGUAGCGUGUUGUAGCGCCAUCGCUAAACUGUCCUCCCUCGGGUCCUGGACUAUGUCACUUUAUCCUCGUUGUAGAAGUCCUGCAAACAUUGUGUUUGCUGGUAGUCUGUUGGCAUCUACAGUAGCACCAAUGCUUUUGACUUUCACCUUGACUGGGCCCCAUUUGUAAUGAUCUGAAGUAUUUAUCUGCAUUAUAUCUGAAUUUAACUGGAACGAUACGAGCGAGCAGGAGCGUCUGUUUGUGGGCGGGGCUUGCUGGAGCAGAGAGGGAGGGGAGAGGAGGAGCUGAGGGGAAAACUGGUUGGGAGGGGUAGAGUUUACGUUCAAGAUUUCUCCCAAAAACUGGAACUUCCUCAGAUCCUGAGUACAACACCUUUUAAUGAAUAAAAAAAAAGGAUGAUUUGAUGACGUAUCACAUGUUGAACUGUCUUGUUUUGGUUUGCAGUGGCUCGUGCAAAACAGACAUGACAACUCAAGAGUAGAGGAGCCACUUUGGUUGUUAUAAGUCCAUAAUACCCGUCUGUGGAUGCAGAGACUGACGGGUUUUCUGGAGGUGCUUUUGAGUCGAUGUGGAUAUUUCCACUACAGAGUCAUGUCUGUUUUUAAUGCAGGGCUGUGUCUUGUAUUGGUUUCUGCCUGUUUCUGUCUUAUUUUCUGUCCCUGUCAAACUUUAACUACUUUCCCAUUGAAUCUUAUUUUUGUGUCACUUCACAUCAGCUCUACACCCUUUCGCUCAAACGUUAAGAUGACAGCGUGCGUCCAUCCUAACUCAUCUGAAGCUGCAGACUUUCUCUGUUUCUGUUUUCCACCGUCACGUGUUUUGAGUAUUUCUCGGCUCCUUUAUUGCCAACAUGAUCACAAAGGUGUUUUGUUUGCAGGCAGUCUCCCCUCCUCGGUGCGUUUUCUAACUUUGGGACUGCUUUCUAUCUGUGUGUUAUUGUCUUCCUCCGUCUCUUCUCACCGUUAUUAGUCUCUCUCUGUUAUUGUGGAGUAUGAUGAGAACUUGGCAGGAGAGGAGCCUCCCCGGCCCGAUAACUGAGGCAAGUCCAAUGAGCUGUCCUUGACCUCGCCUGCCAGAUUCUGUGAGUUUCCUCGGCUACAUGGAGCUGGGACGGCUGACAGCGAGAGUGACGACACACUCAGACUGAAACGGGACAAUUUUACGGAGAAAAGUGGAGCCGGAGGGAGAUGAAAACAAGAGAGGCAGGGAGAGAGGGAGGGAGACGAAUGAAGAGGGAGAAGAGCGCCUGAGCAGCGACCUGCCUGCCAAAAUAUGUGAGAGUGUUGCACGGCCCAUCUCUGGCUCUGAACCAGCUCCUGUUGAGGGGAGUGAGGACUGGGUGGAGGAGGAGGUGGUGGUGUAAGGGGAGAGGGCUGGGUAAACACAACAUGUCUGCAGCUUCGCCAGAUGUUCAGUUUUCUGAGGGACCUGCUGGAUUUGUUAACAUGUUCUCCAUUUAACAGCAGACCGGAUAAUUGCCCAACAGGGGUUUCCACGCAGAGUCCGUCUGACAUAAACAAGAAGUCCUGAAUCUGUCGACUUCAUCUGUCGCUGUGAGGAGGCCGUUUUAACCGUAGAGAAGCAGUUAGCUCGUCAUAAAAAGACAGAAAAACUCUGAAUUUAGGCAAAAGGUGAAGAUUGUUUCAGGCCUCAUUGAUCGAGAAACGAUGACUGUGAUCCUCAAACUCUCCAGCAGAACAAUGAUUUGGAUCAUCGGUCAGGAACAAAACUCAAAAGUGCGUCACUGAACAGAUGACUGCAUGAGCAGCUUCACUAAUGCAUUUCCAGAACGACUCCUCAGUGUUUGUGUGUUUUUACCGGAGGGCUGAAUAACCCUCAGAGGUCUCCUGUUCCUAAAAACAAUCAAAUCUGGGGGUUGAAAUUGAUCAACUCUACACUGAAGCUGUUUGUGUCCUGUUCUCACUGUUUAUGUUCUGAUUGGUGUGACAUGAUGUUGUGAUGGACCUGUCUACACCUAGAUCGGCAUCAGUCGUCUAAACUCUUAAUAAUCUGUGUCUGUAUCGACUCUGAAAAGACAACAUCAGUCAACCCUGAUAUUGUUAGGGGUGUCCUGAUCCAACUUUUUUACUUCUGAUAUGAUACCGAUAUUGUAGCCUUCAGUAUUGGCAGAUACCAAUAUUGAUCUGAUAUUAGCACAAACUUGUGCAUGAGAAGGUUUGCAAUUAGCUCCAACAGCAGUUCAGAUUUUAAUGAAAAAUACUUCCACAGGGACAUCACUCCGACUCCUUGCUACUUUGUAUCUUAGUACACACUGUUGUUGUGAUUAUGUGGACUCUGCAUGUUCGAUAGAAGCACCGGAGCGGAGUCUGGAAUGGAUUGCUUGUAUCAGAGAGUAGGAAAUCGAGAGGGAUUUUUGUUUUUUUUGCUGGUAUUGGACCAAUAUCAGAUAUCAAUAUUGUAUUGUAUCCCUAUACGUCAAUAUCAAAGCAAUCAACACAUACUGUUAGUGUGUUAAAAACACUGUCAACUUUACGACUGCUGAUAUCAGAGAUUUUAGAUUCAGGGCGAUAUAAUCAGAUAUAUAUCAUAUAUAUAUAUAUUUUUUGUGUUUCUAAUAUCGGACCAAUAGCGGAUAUCAAUAUCGGAUCAGGACAUCCCUUCAAAUCACAUAUCAAAUCAAUCAACAAAUACUGUUAGUGUGUUAAAAACACUGUCAACUUUACGACUGCUGGUAUCAGAGAUUUUAGAUUCAGGGCGAUAUAAUCAGAUAUAUAUCAUAUAUAUAUAUAUUUUUUGUGUUUCUAAUAUCGGACCAAUAGCGGAUAUCAAUAUCGGAUCAGGACAUCCCUUCAAAUCACAUAUCAAAUCAAUCAACAAAUACUGUUAGUGUGUUAAAAACACUGUCAACUUUACGACUGCUGGUAUCAGAGAUUUUAGAUGCAGGCUGAUAUAAACCGACUUUCUAUUUAUUUUUGCUGAUAUUGGACCGAUAUCAAUGUCGGAUCGGGACAUCUCUAGUUAUUGUUCCUCAGACUUUAAAAAUCUGACAUUUGUACGGCUUUGUUUGAGUCUGUGCCGAUGUUUGGUAAGUCUCAUUUUGUGUCAUAAACACUAUGAAGCCAAAACAACAGACGCAGUGACUGGGAUUGUUCGUGUCUGUGAACGUCACUGUGCAGGUGUCCGGUCUGUGAAUCGGAGGUCAUCGUCUUGAACCCAAACAGUCCAGCAUGUCUCUGUGUCUCUGGUGUCAGAAAGCUCCAUCAGUCUUCUUCAGACCAGCUGUGUAAAGACGUGAAAAUGAAGCAACAGGCCGGGACUGCAUGCUUGUGUGUGUGUGUGUGUGUGUGUGUGUGUGUGUGUGUGUGUGUGUGUUUGUGUUGAGUGAGGAGACAGUUGACAGGAGAGUGUGGGAGAGGUCAGUCAGGGCGGUGACGGUGACGAAGAGGGCAGGCUGGUCUCCUUGGCCUCUCAUGAGUGUGUGUCUCUUGUUUUCUUAAAGCUCGCACCAGAAUCUGUUUGUUCAUGAUCUUUAAUGGAAGCAGAGGUGAUAUUAGAGUCGACCAGUCUGCAGUGGGACAGUCGAUAUGUGGUCAGAACAGCCUUUAAAGUUGCUUCAGCUCCUGUUAUUGUCUCCUAGUUUCCAUUAAGACCCUCGUUUCCUGACAGAGGAUGAGGCUGAGCUUCAUUUUGAAGCACAGUGACACCUCUAUUACACAACCUACAAUCGUUCAACUCUGUAAUGAAAGCCUCCACAAAAGGUUCAGAGCUUUUUCCCCGUUAAAAAUAUUCCGAGCAGCCGUCCCCGCGGAGAAAAGACGUAUUCUUUUCUACUUUCAGGCAGAAACAUCCAGUCCCAGGAGGUGGAAAGUGAAUCUUUGGAGGUUUAAAGAAGUGCACGACCUCCUACGGUUGAUUUUAUUUUUCUCGGCGCGGCUCUGUUUUGUUGCCUUGUCAAUCGGGAGGGCCAACAGGGCCGAGGUGCCCGGGUGAAUCUGGAAUGAGUCAGGCUGUUUCAUUGUGUGGAGCGGAGAAAAGCGGUGGGAUUUAGAGCUCCUUGAGAAAAUAGCAAACUCUCCAGAGAGGCAGACCUGGAUGCUCCAAACUUUUGGCUGUGAGCAGCAUUUAGAUUUAGGUUACAGCUUCAGCCCCCGGGUCGUGUUUUGUUAUCUUGUGCUGUGAUGUGUUCAGGGGCUGUUUACUAUGCAGGGUGUGCUCUGCACUGACAUCAGCAUCAAGGUGGUCUCAUGCAAACAGCACAAGGAUGAACGGUGUCAUCUGUCUGUCAAGGGUGGCAACAAACCCCUGAAAAAAAAAAGAUCAAUUUCUUAGUUUGGAGACGGAUUUUUGAGGCUGAGCUUUUGGUUUCAUUUCAGGAUAAAUCCUCUGACGGUGGAAAAGGUUCACAGGUUCGAAACAGGAAAGGACUGUGGACGCUUUGUGUCCACGUUAGUGUAAUAUUGGUGAAGUAAACGCUAAAAUAUGUGGACUAAACCUGCUAGAUUGUGAUUAAAACUGCAGAUUUUUGUCCUAAAACUGGUCGAAAUAUUUCCUUAAAUAAAUAAAAGUCACAUCGGCCCGACAAGUCAAGACAAAGAUCUUAUUUCCCAACAUUUCAGGAAUAAAUCCUCAAAUCUCAGUUUUUCUGUUCUUCGUUGUGUGAAUUAAAAGACAGACGAUCAGGAAUCUGAUUUUAGAUUCUGCAGAGACUCGACAGUGAAGCAGCCGUCCUGUGUGCAGAGUUUUAACUGGAGCGUUUAUCAAGCAGCUGAAAAUAGAAAGAUCUAUAAAUAACAGAGUUUCAUCUGCACAGACGAGUAAACUCAUUUAUUAUUCAGCUGUGAACAGUCACGUUCUGUCGGCACGUUAAAUAUGUCUCACACUCAAGUUUAGCCAGAUCUUCUUCACGGGCUCCAUGAUGAUUUUUUUAUUCCUCCCCCACUCCCACAGUCACCGAAUGACCUUGAAGACAAAAGAAGACUCUGUGUGCGUGCGCGUGCGUGUGUGUGUGUGUGUGUGUGAGAUACAGAUCUCUGCCUGUUGUGACAAAUGAAAGCUCGACCACCAGCGUCGCUCCUCAGGCCCCGGCUCCAGGAAUGACUCCACUUUACUCCAGCGCUUCAUUCAUCUUCGCACGCCGUCUCCACUUCCAUGUUUGAUCCAUGGCUGCUACGCCUGCUGCCAUGGCAACCCACACCACCUCAGUUAGUGACAGGGGAAAAGCAUGCUGGGUAAUCUGACCUCACCUGGAACGGUUCUCCUGGGGGAUCUUUUUCUGUCCUUGGACCGUUUUUAUCCUUUUUUUCAUGAACCGCGACACUGAUUAUUGAACGAAGCUGGAACCAAACUCAAAAUGAUCAUUUAUUUGUUAUAACUCAACUAUAUUUUUAAUUUUUACCAUUUGAUUUGUUGUCUUUGCACCAUUUUUAGAUAGGUUAUCGGUUAAAAUGAUUAGUAGACAGCCAAAGUCCUCUUUGUGAGGAAGAGAGCUGGUAAAAUAUUGUUACAAAAUCUGAUUAUUGUAGCGCUGAUAUCGCAGUUAAAGCAGAGUUUUUACCAUGCUAAUUGUGGAGUUAAACAGUGAAGUUAGGGCUGGGCGAUAUGGCUUCAAAUCAAUAUCACGAUAUAUUGAUCAGUUCACCUCGAUAACGAUAAAUGGACGAUAACUACUCCACAAGCUGCUCACCCCCUACCACAUUAACUUUGUGAACCGUCCUCCAUCUCCUCACCUGUCUUUCCCUCUUUGUCAUGAACUGGAUGGGGUGGAGUCAUGUCUCUGACGUAGGACAGCGUCUUAAAGGGACAUGAGACCAUAGCCUACCUACACACAUCCAAAACCAAACUUUUAUCUAUUUAUAUUUUGACACCAAAUACACCGAUAUGGGCAAAAUGACGUUGGUUAUUGUCGUAAAUUUCGGUAUCUGUAAAUUUUCAGUUUAUCGCCCAGCCCUAUCAUAUACACACACAGGUUUAAUUGAAAAUGUCAGUCUUCUCAUGAGAUGUCAUUCAAGAAAAUAGUCCCUUGUUGGGGACUAUUUUCAUGGGCGGAGAGAUACACAUUUGGCGCAACACUGAGAGUUAAACAUCUGUAGUUAAUCACUGUUAACAUCGACUCAAACCUGCUUUUAUUUGACAUUUCUGUUUCAGUGAGUAAUAAGAUCAUCAGUUCCUUUAGGCCUGUUUUUUUACACUGAAUAUACCAAUAUGGGCAAAAUGACGUCGGUUAUUAUCGUAAAUUUCGGUAUCAGUAAAUUUUCGGUUUCUCGCCCAGCCCUACAUGAAGUCCUGGUGUUGUAUUACCAGAUCAACUCACAGAUGAUACCUUACAGUUCAUUUUUAAAUCACUGUAUUUCAAAUAGAGGAAGACUACAAUGCGUCAGGACGCUUAAACCAACCUUUGAGCAUCUUUGUGAGCCUUUUCAAGCUCGUGCACAUCUAUACGAUAAACGUCUGUUUUUCUGCCAAAUUCUGCACCUCAGAAAGCAGAAAAACAAAGAGAGCCGAGUCAAUUUACAAGAGGACUAUCUGUAAUCUCACCUUCUGUCGCUGCGGCUCCCUUUCUCAAUCGCUCACAGCUCCUCUCUCAUAUAUGCGCUAUCUUCUCCUUUUCUAUCAUCUCUCUCCUGCUGCUUCUGUAUUCAUCAUCUCUGCCUCCUCGCCUCGCCUCUCUUUUCUCCGUGCCGGUGGGAAAUCCCGAGUGUGACGACAGAAGCUGAUGCUGCAGUAAAGCACCGACUCUGAGGCCGAGGCUUUGCUUUCCUGAUGCUGCAACUGCCCUUGAUCUAUCAUGAAAUUAACAAGAAGGAUGCAGAGAUGAGGAAACAGGACGCCAGAUUCGGUUAAGAGUGAUAAGAAAGAUCGAAUACCUUGCUGAGAGAGGCUCGAUUUAACUCUCUAAAUCGAUCAUACAUGAUGUUAAACCCUCCGUGCGUUGUUUUCUGUCCGCUUUGAUUUAUUCCUAUUACCAAAACACACACCAUGUGUUUCGCGGCCUCUCCCUUCUUCAGCUGUGACCCCUUUUAUGCAACGUUAUGAGGUCUAAAUCCCUGGAGAGGAAACAUCAACAGCUGACCCUCUUCUUCCCUCACGUGUUCAGAUAAAAGGAGACGCAGCUAAAUGUGGGCAGCACGGAUCUUAUUCAGGCAGAAUGAGGAGAAAAUUCAGAUUAAACCGUCUAGAUUUAGGAUAUGAAAUCAUAUCUUCCUACAGUCAACAUCUUGACAUUUAUUAUCCCAUUUGACUCUUAUUUAUUCUCAUUUUUCCUCUGCACUAGUAUCUAGACAACAGCAUUUGUAUAAGUUUAUUGUCUCCUAUGCACAUUAAGUCCCUAAAGCGGUGAUUUUUCUGCUUUUUAAGGGCGCAGUCAUGACAUUCAUGCAUCCAGUCGCCCUGCAGGUACAUUAUGCUGCAGCUGUAGCUUUAAAAUACCGCUGAUAUUACAUCCGUUUCCCUCGGGGAGACCUGUGGUCAAAGCGCUAUCGACUCUUGCCUCCUGCUGGUAAUUGAGGACAUGACAGUUCAAACCCAAGACAUUUAAAUAAUGUGCUACAUGUAGACAUCAUUAUGUUCCAUUCUGCAGGUACACCUGAAUAUAAUACACGCAGGAGUGCGGGGUCAGGAGAAAGUCAGCGAGCGCUCUGUGAAUUUUCAUUGUCUAGGAGGAGAAAAGCUCAGAACAGCCGCUGAGAGGAAUUCAUAUUACUUUUUGUUAGAGUGUGUGUGUGUGUGUGUGUGUGUGUGUGUGUGGUUUUUGUCGCCUUCUGGGGACCGUGACUUUUAUGAACUCUUACUGGGACCAGUAUUUUCUUGUUUAUAUGAGCCCAGUCUUAAAGGACGUGUCUGAAUUUCUGGUUAUGAUUUACUGUUUGUGUGUUGGAGCGUGUGGCUGUGCAUGAGUGUGUGUGCAAGUGUGAUGGUUUUGUCACCUUAUGGGGACCAUAACUUAGAAGAACAUAUUCUGGGACACAGUUUUCCAUUGGAGACGAGAGCCUGGCCUUUUUCAUAUGUCUGUUUUGGGGCUUUUAUGCCUUUUUAUUAAGUGGAUAAGAUUGAAAAUAAGGAUUGUAAACUGGGAGAGAGUGGGGCAAAGGGACACAGGUUGUCUUUGAACCAAAGCUGCCUACUUUAAGGACUAAAGCCUCUGAAUAUGGGACAGUAGCUAUGUUUACAUGGGCAAAAUUUCUUGAUCUGAUUAAAAAAUUUGAGGGAUCGGAUCAUCUGAAUCCACUGUUUAUAUGGGUGCAAAAUCAAAUAAUCCGAUUAUGCGCCAAGCUUCAGAUGAGAAUCAUUUGGACAUGUGCAGAGUUGUCUAAUUUUGCUAAAAUAACCGCAGAAGAAGAAUUGUAUUUACGUCUGUGCUGUCAACAAACCAACAAACACAGUAGUAGCUCACUUCAUCCAAUUCAAGAGUUUUCUCCCUGUUAAAUGUUGUCACUGGAUGGCGCCCUUGCGUACUUAUUUUACUGUUCUGCCAAAGGUUGCGCUGUACGUGCAGAUUUGACAUCAUUACGCCGUAUGUACGCCUUGUGUUGUUAUCGGAGGAGCAGACAUGACACCUGUGGUUGUGUUUUAUGCCAGAGUGUUAAUAAUGAAACCUCCUGUACAGGCCUCAAUAAAUAAACCAAAGGCUAAAGAGUGAAGAUCGAGUCAGGUAAGAGAGUCACGAUCGGAAUAAGUGUUUACAUGAACGCGUUAUGGAGUGAUGAUUGGCGUAAACCGCCCCUCUCGAUUGGAAUACAGUUUCUUUCCAAUGAGCCAAAUUGGAUCAGAAUCUUCCGAUCGACAUGUUCACAUGGCGCGUUUUAUUCCGAUCGGGCCGUUAUUACAAUUUUUUGAGCCCAUAUAAUCGCAGCUACUAACUGGGACCAGUGUUUCUUGGUCUGGUCUUAGAGGGGAAAACUGCCUCUUUUGUAUUAUAGUGGGCUGGACUAUGUCAGGGUUAGGAUUUGGUCUGUUGCUGACAAUGAUCAAAAGUCAGUCCUCACUAGAAUAGAAAUAUAGACUUGUAAUAUAAACUUGCAUGUGUGUGUGUUUACUGAAAGGAGGAAAUGAAAAAUGGUCCCUUGGAUUGUGAGCAUGUUUACAUUACCUGUGUUUGUCAGAGUGUGUGAAAACACCUCUUCGAGGAGUUUGACCCAAUUACUUACCUGCUUAUUCAUCCUUGUGUGAGUGAUGCAUAUAGAUCAUUAUUAUCCCCGGUUAUGUUCCCCGAGCGAGUACGCCUGAGUUAAUCUUAUGUCACCGUGGUCUGGGAGAGGAAAUGAACUCGGGGUUUGUCAGAAAUAAAUUAGGCUAUGUCAAUAUGCAGAGACAGUGUUACUGUGAUUUGGCUCGAGCUCUACACACGCUGACAAAUCCGUACUGCGCAUGAGGUUACAUGGGGUCAGCAGUUGGGAGCGUGGAAAAUCUGCAUCUAUCAAUCUCGAGUUUUUCACAAAGAAAUAGGAUUAUAGCUGUGAACCACUGUGCUGCAUAGAGGCUGUCAGUGUCCCUAGAGGAUCACUGGAGAACUGCAGGGAUGAGAGUUUCUUUUUCACCAAGUUGAGCAUAAAUUAAUGAUGUCAUAUUCAUACGUCGACUGUGGCUACUGCCAGCAGAGCUACACCACCAGGUUCCUGCAGGUUAAAGGGAUAAUCCGGCGUAAAAUUAAUUUAGGGUCAAACACACAGAGUAACACUGAGUUAGACACCCCCGUCAAGAGAUGAAUGAACCGAAACGCCACUGUAUAACCUCAAAUAAUACUCAGAACAGCACCUAACUUCAACAGGACAUAUAGGGUCCCAGCCAUAGUACUAGCCACCAAACAUCUUUUUAACUUUGACUCAUUUCUUUAGGAAAGAGACUAAACACAACUCACCUACUCUCUUCCAGCAGCUGCUUGUUUGUACGACCUCGGGCCAGUCCAUUACAGACUACAGCGGAGUUUCGCAGCUCAAGGAAGAACAUUUAUGAUCAUUACUUUAUCAUUUCCUUGAAGUAAUAAUCAUCAUAUUAAUCAUUUUGCACUGCAGACGCGGUAGUUCUUCUGCCUUAGCGUCUCGGUCUGAUUGCAUUUCCAUGAAGAAUUGAUCAUAAAUGUUCUUCCUUGAGCUGUGUCACCCCCCUGUAGUCCGUAAUGGACUGGCCCGAGGUCUCGCUACAAACAAGCGGCUGCUGGAAGAGAGUAGGUGAGUUGUGUUUAGUCUCUUUGCUGAAGAAAUGAGUCAAAGUUAAAAAGAUGUUUGGUGUCUAGUACUAUGUCUGUGACCCUAUAUGUCCUGUUGAUGAAGUUAGGUGCUGUUCUGAGCAUUAUUUGUGGCUAUAGAGUGGCGUUUUAGUUGAGGUUUGCUUAUGGCUCCUCAGACCGCUGUGUAUUGCUAUCGUGCGGUUGUUACUAAAGUUGGUUUAACUAGAGAAGCAAGCGGUCGGCAACAUUCAUCUCUUGAGGGUGUCUAACUCGGUGUUACUCUGUGUGUUUGACUCGAACUUAAUUUUAUGCGGAAUAUCCCUUUAACAUCUGUAUGUAUGUGCUGAUUGCACUGGUUUAGUGGUUAUGUGGUUAACCUACAGCCUAUAAACAUACAUUUUUAACAGACGAGCCGCUCAUGGUGAAGUUUGCUUUGUUAAAUAUCACCACAGGUGUAAUUUGGUAAAGGUGUGUAAAUAUCCCAAACUCAAAUCUGCUCCUCUGCAGUCCGAGCUGUCGAAGAAAGUGGAAAUAUGUCACACAGACGUUAGUUAGUGACGAGAGAAGGAGUGAAAGGACCAGAUAGUCAGGUCUCAUUCUUCAGCCUGGCCUCCCCCCCACUCCCCCGUUUUCUCCUCCCACCACUGUCCCUUCACUUUCCCUCCUUCAUUGUCGCUGGGCUCCUGCCUGAGAAGCAGGUGGUUUCCCUCCUGUUAGCGGAGGGGAUGUGGAGGAAAAAGCUGCAGAUCAGCAGGACUCGAGCCUCACGCAGGAACAGCACGGUUCCGUAAGUCCGACACUGACUCAGCAGGGAACCGGAGUCUGUUUUAAUCCUGAAGAACUUGUUAUAAUGUUUGUGUGAGGACGGGGAGGCGGGUGUUGUGUACACUGUAGUUGAAGCCAGGUGAGGGGGACUUCAUUGGUUCAGCUUUAACACAGACUCAUAUUAGUCCAGUUUUGUGUUUGGAUAUUUGGGACUAACAGAGCGAAACAAAUACCUUUACUUUAGUGAGCGACAGUGUUUUUGCUUUUAAAAAGAUAUUAUUUGGAUUUUACUGUUUUUCUGAUACUUUGACGCGUUAUUACCUCACAGUUUUCGGAUUAUAUGAAUCGUAAAUGUCACAUUUAUUGAUAAUAUUUGUAGAUUUAUCUCAUUUUUUAAGUCUUGAAGUUUCUGCAGGUUAAAAUUGAGACUGAUACCACUGAACAAUUUUAAAAAUACUUAUAAAUGCCUGAAACUUUUACAAAAGGGUCUGUUGCAGGAAAUAUUCAGAAUGAGAGACACAUUUAAAAACAGGAUGUGAUUUUUAGUCAUGAAGUUUUUCAGAUUAAGAGAACAAAAUUUAGAAAAGUGACAAAAUUUUGGUGCCAAAAUUAAUAGAAACCAAAAGUUCCCAUUUACAAAAUAACAGACAAAGGACAUUUUUGAGGAACUGCUGUUAAGGUAUCAGUGUUUAUAAGAUGCUAUCAGGAUUCACCAGCAUUGAUGAUAACCUCCUUUUUUGAAAAAUAAACUGUUUUCAUUCAGUUCCCUCACUUUCAGUCUACUAUAAGCAGCGUACUUCAAAAUAAAAGCGUAGUUUGACCAUGCAGGAAAUAAUGAGACACUGAUCGACUUUUUAAAACUUACUCAAACUUGAACAGCCUUUACAAAACUUGACUUAUUCAGAAUUCAAACACUUUCUAUUUUCGUUGUUUUAUUGCAUUGUAAAAUUUUGGCUGAACAGAGCAGAGGAAAAGUUUGGACCCAUGUGACUUUCUUUACUUGUCCAACGGGAGGUUUGUACCUUCAGGGACUGAAAAAGGAGUUGACUCGAGGCGAUUCAGACGGACUUGUUGAUCCAGUCUGCUGUUUUUGUGGCUGAUAGCAGGACAGAGUGAAUUUGAAAGCAAGUAGAAAUCGUAGGAUGAGGGAGGGACCAGAAACACAGAGGAAGAUACUGAGGAAGUUUGUCUUUUGGACCUGCUGUGAGUGUUUUCUUUUUUUUAUGACAUUUUAUCCACCGAAGUUAAUCUCUAUCAUCAUCGGUGAUUGUGUUCCUUAUUGCGUGAUGACAUGGUUUGUAUUUUCAGGGUUUAAUUUUCAUCGAUUGGUGUUUGUUUUUCUCUUUUAUUCUACUUAUGAAAAGAAAUCAAAACAGACCUGUGUGUUUACUUUUCCUCAUGCAGUUAGCUUCUAACCUGCGUUUCUCUUUGUGUUCGACUCUUUGUCACGUGUAAAGCCUUCCUCCUUCUUGCACAAAAGACCAACUCUGAUUGAGAUUGAUUUAUUUCCUCUUCAUUUUAUAGAUUUUGACUUUUGAAUCUUGUUUUUUCUUCCGUUUCACAUCAGAUUAGAGCAAAUUUUCUCUAAAGGCCACAUCACUGCAGGGGACAUCUUUCUCCAGAGAACAUCUUGUCCUUUAUUAUUAACCUUUCGCUCCCUGCAGCCUUCGCUGUACUGAUGUCCACAUUGAUUUGAGUCAAACCGUCAGUCUCCACUUCUGCUUUCACACCUCGCUCUCUGUACGCCGGUUUAAAGGUCCGGGUUUGACUCUUAGUCAAUAUCUGUGAGGUGGUUUUUUAACAGAAAAGGCCUGAAGGAACUGAUGAUCUUAUUACUCACUGAAAUCCAGAUCAGUAGAAACAGAAAUGUCAAAUAAAUGCAGGUUUUAGUCGAUGUUAACAGUGAUUAACUACAGAUGUUAAACUCUCACUGUUGCGCCAAAUGUCUAUCUUUCCUUCUUUGAAAACAGUCCCCAACAAGGAACUAUUUUCUUGAAUGACAUCUCAUGAGAAGACUGAAAUUUUCAAUUAAACCUGUGUGUGGAUAUGAUAGGGCUGGGCGAUAAACCGAAAAUUUAUAGAUACCGAAAUUUAUGACUAUAGCCAACGCCAUUUUUCCCAUGUCAGUAUAUUCAGUGUUAAAUACAUAAAUAAAUAAAAGUUGGUUUUGGAUAGUCAGUAGGCUAUGGUCUCAUGUCUCUUUGACGUGACUCCACCUCAAAUAGAUGUGGAGGAUGGUUCAGAAGUUGUAGCGGCUGAAGUAGACGAAGUUAAUGUGGGAGGGGGUGAGCAGCUUGUGGAGUAGUUAUCGUCCAUUUAUCGUUAUUGAGGUAAACUGAUCAAUAUAUUGUGAUAUUGAUUUGAGGCCAUAUCGACCAGCCCUAGUGUAAGAGGUGUUUUUAUAAUUUAUAACAUCAGUGGGAGCCAAUUAAUAGAAGAAAUAAGCCAGAGCAUGAAUUAUAAAGGGGUUUGUGUUUCUCAUUCAGACUUCUAAGCAAAUAUGUGAACCUUUGUUUUGGUUUAGGUUUGAGGUAUUUGUAGACGCAUGAAUCUUUAUAAAGGAGGUGUUGUUUGUCGAUGUUGCUGAUGCACAUCAGGAUUUUACAUUUUUCUUUAGAUUUGCUGGAAAUCGUUCGUGUUCCUCCAGAAUGAGCUGAACUGAUGUAGCAGGUUUCAAUGUUAUGCAUUCAGACUGACUUUGUUGUGACUUAAAGUGGUCAUUUCAGUUUUAGUUUCACUCUUAGAUCUCAGACAGAAACGCCUUUGGGUUUUAGUCAGACUUUUAUCAUUUGCGGUGUCUGUAAAAGCCAGCAUCAAUAAUACUGUCAUCUUUUUGGUAGGAUGCCACUAAUCCUAACAUGAAAGACAGAAGAAGAAGCAUGCUGCUAGUGAGCUAGCUUUAGCAUCCCUCUGAGACGAUUAGACACUUUUUAAGUUGGUGUUAAAGAUUUAUUGUGAAUCCAGUGUUUCUCUGUUAAAUAAAACAGUAUUCAAACUGUAUUUUUAGAGUAAAAACUGGCAUCUUUGGUGAACCAUAAUAAAUAUGCUGUAAAAAUAUGCCUUUUCUGCUGUAAUGUUGAUUUAGCGGCUAAACUUGAACUUGAUGCUGUAGGAAAACAAACGUUUUUAUAACAGAGAGAGGAACUAUAUGUUUCACAGUUUGUUCUCCAAUAAAACAGCCAAAUUAUGCUGUUAAGUACAGUUUUUUCUUACACUAAAAAGUGGCAGCUGUGGUGUUAGAUCUUCUUUACUGUAAUAAAUCCAGUCCAACCUUUGUCUGCUGUCACAAGAAACGAGUGAAAUGAGUGUUUACUUAAAGAUUACAGCCGCUGCAGUGCUGCCAUGUUAGUCAAAAGAUGAAUUUACUUUGAAAAGCUUUACACCUGUAAAUACUAAAAGGACCCUUUAAUAAGAACAAAACAGGAGUAACCUCAGGUAGAGGAGUGCUAAAGGAGGCCUCCUCCUCCUCCUCCACCCUGAAGGUGAUUGACAGCAGAAGAUAAGAUAAACUGAAUUAAUCCUGAGAGAAAUUGUUGCAGUAAAAAGGGGGUGAAAAUACAGUAUCUAUAUGCAAAUCCAAAAUAAACACAAGGUUGAAAUGAAUAAAUGAAACUGGAGAGUGGCAGGUUGAUUUCUGCGCCCUAAAGGCCGUCUGAGUGAUGUUUCAACACUUUCCUGGAGGAGCUUAAUCCUCUGGAUGAGAGCUGGAGAACGGCUCUUCCUGUUGUACGGUGGUAUGUGUGUUAUUGGCUCCAGGCUGUAACAGCACAUUCAUUUACCAUAACAGCUAUAGGUGUAAUUAUAAUGGUGUGUAAGAAUAUGUAGUUAUGUAGUUUUAAUGAUUCUCCUCCACGCUAACGCUCGCUGUUUUCUUUUCUUGCAGGGCUGAAAAAACUGAAGUGUUAAGUGAAGAUCUGCUGCAGGUAACGAUUCGUGUCUGACUGUGUUUUAGUCUUCAGGUGGCUGCAGGUGCACGUCUGAGUCUGUGUGUCUUAUCUGUGUCAGGUGGAGAAACGUCUGGAGCUGGUCAAGCAGGUUUCCCACAGCACACACAAGAAGCUGACCGCCUGUCUUCAGGGCCAGCAGGGCGUGGACGUGGACAAGAAGUCUGUCAGGUCGCCAUCGGUGAGCGGAAACGCCGCCUGCAUGAAACAUCACAAACGCAUAAUUUUAUCAGAGUUUAGAGCAGAUAGAGAAGAGAAAACACUCCGAUUAAUUAUGAUAAAUGUGAUAAAGAGAGCAGGAGAUUAAUUACAAAAAAUACCUUAUCAUAAUGAAGAGAAAGCACAUUAAUGAUUUCUGAUAAAUGGUUUCUUCCUCCGGGCUCUCUUUGUGCACUUUUUAUACAACCAUAAUUUAUAAAACUCUGAGUUAAAAAUGAUUUGCGAGUGAUUUAAAGUCUUUAUUUGAUUGAAAUUUGUGCAAAGGCAAUUUAUCUGAUAUGAAAAUGACAAAUUUGACAAUCUCGUGAAAAUGCUCAUCUUAAAUUUAAUGCCAGAGGAAAAAUGUUUCUGUGAAGGUGUGUUUAUAAUAUAAAAUCAUUAUAAAAAGCACCUGGAGGAGCGUUUCCUAACGUUUGAAUUAGUUUACAACAAGUUAGAAACUUGAGAAUAAAAAAAGCUCUAAAGAGAGUCUGAGUCAGUCUGAUGUGAAGAUGAGAAGAUGUUCACACUCUGUGAGAGACUGCGUGAGCUAAUAAUUCAACAAUUUCAGACUAAUGCUCGUCAUCAUCUACAGUUUAAAAUAUCAUUGAAGAGAAUCUGGAGAAAUCUGUGCACUGCAAAAAAGAGGGGUCUAAAAACAAGAUAAAAACACUCAAUCUGAAAACAAGAUUUCACUUGACAAGAUUUCAUGAAUUAAGAUUGUUAAAUCUAGAACUCAGCAUGUCUACAAAUGUAUUUGGAAGACUUAAAGUAAGCCAAAAAUGCUGGUUUCAAGAUCAGAUCACUUAAAAUUUAACUUUUACAGCCCCAAAAAUAAGUUAAAUAUACUGAAAAUAAGUUUAAAAUGUUGGUUUUAAGAUCAGAUUACUUGAGUUUUAACUUUUACAGCCCUAAAAUUUGUUAAAUGUAAUAAAUUUAAGUUAACUCCCGUCACAACUGUUUCAACAUUUGAUUUUUAAACAAAAAGUUUUAAAUGAUUUGCAAACCGCUAAAUUCAUUUCACUCAGAGUCCUUGGAGAACUUUUUACUGUUGACUGACUAAAGCAGGAGAUUCACAGACUGUCUGUGUGUUUGUGUGUCUGUGCAGAAGAAGCUUCCUCUCACAACACUCGCACAAUGUAUGGUGGAGGGGGCUGCAGUGCUCGGGGACGAGUCUCUACUAGGGUGAGAACACACACUCUCACACACACACUCACACACACACACACACACACACACUCACACACACGCGGGGUUCCUACACAGUUGGAAUUUCCAUCCUUUUCCAAACCGUACUUUUAAGAAUCAUUUUUCGAAAUACCUACUUAUCUAUUAAAAAAUACUAACACUAAUAUUUUUCCAUACUUCACUAACACACACAUGCACUCACACAUGCACUCACACAUGCACUCACACAUGCACUCACACACACAAAAUUAUCAUAAUAAUAAACCUUUCCUUGGUCCGUAACACCAGCAACACAAUCACUGCCAUGAACUUUGUUGUUAUCAUCUGGUGAACUCAAAGUGAUUCUCCAUUCAUGUUCAGAAGUUCAUUCAGACCAAGUCAAACUUUCAACCAGCAGAGCCUCGUUAACAGGAGGCCUCCUAUUCCUCCUCUUCCUCCUCCUCCUCCUCCUCCUCCAGAGAUAAACACACUUCACGGUCAGAAAACACAAAUAAGCAGAUCAACUGAAUGUGAUCUUUAGACCCACUUUGUUUUGGUUUUUGAAUCACCGUCUGAAUAUAGAUUCAGGAAAACACAGAGAAACAAACAGAGGAACUGUGAGUUUCAUUCUGUUGGGAGCAUUUCUUCUCUUAUUUCUAUCACCUCUGUGAUGUUAAAGGGAUAGUUCACUUUAUUUGAAACGAGGUUGAAUGAGGUUCUCGUCAAUAGUACUAAGUGUUUUGUCAUCCAGCCAGAGACCUGGAACAGGAACUAGACUAUCAAGAGCAGCAGACGGGGUCAGCUCACAGAAUUCAGUGAAUAUUCACAAACUGACCCAAACGUUAAUGCCAGUGUAAUUGUAGCCUGUGCACAUUUUUUUCAGCUCUCUGAUUUUCCUCAGAAAGCCGUUUUGUUUUUUUAUUUUUGCACUAUUCUAGUGACACGAACGCACUCUUCCAUCUGUGGUGCACAGCUGUUUGGCGCCUUUGGCUCUCGCUGCGUGACAACACGGAGCUGCGGUCCACAUGAUGCGUUCACCACGUCUCUGCUCUGCUGUUUGUUCAUAUCACUCUUAAAAGUCUGAUCUGUUUGGGUUACCUCAAUGAAAAACUGUUUAUUCUUAUUUUAAUUAACCUUGUGUUCCUUUAUUUUGACCUAACGUUAGUAGAGAGUCUGGAUCCUGCUCCUCAGAGGGUUUUCUGCACCUCAGUCUGAAUUGUUUGCGUUGGUAGAGAAACACAUCUAUGUCCUGUUUCAGAUAAUGGUGCAAAAACCUGCCAGGCUUUCUGACGGCACAGUUGAUGCUGAGACGUCUCCAAACACAGCGUAAACGUUCGCUGAUGUAGAUGUUCAGGGUCUGAGUUUGUUAAAAUGAGCCGGAUAACAUCAUAGAUCUGAUCCGUCUGCAGGGGUUGGUAUCUGGACUUCUGCUCCCUGGUUUCCUCACAAAGGGUCCGAGCUGACCGGGUCCCCCUGUGGCUAAAACCCUCUCUGUUGACAAGCACCUCACACAACCUCACUUCAACAACAACAACAAAACUGAACUAUCCCUCCAAGAUAUUUAUAUUGGCUCGUGUUUCUUUCUUUUUUUACAACUCACUAUGGAGCGAUUUAUUUUCUGGAUGCUGCUGGCAUUUGUUUUCACAUCCAUGGCCUAGUUUUUGAGUUUAUUUUGUCCAUUUGUUGCUGGACUUUGAAACAGAUUUGUCCUUUUAAUUGGACAAAAGAGUGAGAUAUAAACUCGUGUCACACGCUCACGUUGAUGUAAAGCUACAGCGCAGUAGUGGCUGUUUUCCACUCGAGUAAAUUACAGUGUCUUACAUCAGCUCCUCUGUGUUACUUCUACAGGACUCGUAUUUGUAUCUGUGUUGUUUGAAAGUGAAGUGAAUUCAAACUGUGGCGCUCCAUUAUUCACCGUGACGCCGGCUGUUUUUGUGACGGUCCUCUCUGUCUGCUCUCUGAGGAUCCUCUGUCCUGUUUUCUGCUGCAGGAAGAUGCUGAAGCUCUGCGGAGAGACGCAGGAGAGGCUGGCUCAGGAGCUCAUCCUGUUCGAGCUCACCAUCGAGAGAGACGUCGUCGAGCCUCUGUACGACCUCGCAGAGGUACGAAUCCCCGAGGUUUAACCUGCCUCAUGGUACAGGCCUGUCUGAGCUAGACCAUCAUGUAAAACCUGUAUUUUCUGUUCUGCAUUAAAAGAGUCUUCACAGAUGUAUAAGCUACCCGUGCUGUGGCUCUUAUGUAUCCCCAUAGCCUUUGGACUGAACGCUCAUAGCAACCUGAGUGGUCGCUUUCCUCUUAAGAGCAGAGGAUGCAUAGUUCAUGUCACGUCUGUUUUUACUGCAGUGCUGCCUCAGGGUCCAGUCUUGAUUUUUAUAUGAUGAACUAUGAAAAGUCGUAUUUUUACAUUGAGAUCUGAGAUUUUUCGAACCCUUCGCUCACUCAGUCUCUCACAGAGUGGUGAAGCUCUUCAGACCUUUUACUUCUGGAAGACUCAGCCUCUCCAAAGUGUCAAUUAUGAACUAACUAAUUAACUUUAUUCGUUAGGAGAUGGUUCUCUGGAGGUUUUUAAAGGGAUAUUCCGGCGUAAAAUGAAGUUAAGGUCAAACACAGAGUUAGACACCCCCUUCAGAGAUGAAUGUUGUCGACCGCUUGCUUCUCUAUUUAUACCAACUUUAGUAACGACCGCAGGAUAGAAAUACAGAGAGGUCUGAGGAGCCAUAAACAAACCUCAACCAAAACGCCGUAAAUAAUGCUCAGAACAGCACCUAACUUCAUCAACAGGACAUAUAGGGUCACAGACAUAGUACUAGACAACAAACAUCAUUUUAACUUUGACUGAUUUCUUUAGCAAAGAGACUAAACAGAACUCACCUACUCUCUUCCAGCAGCCGCUUGUUUGUGGGGGGAACCCUGAUGAGUCGACCACCGAGUAAAACGGCUCAUUUAUAUGAAGCAAUAAUCAUAAAUGUUCUUCCUUGAGCUGCAAAACUCCACUGCACUCUGUGAUCGACUUAUCAGGGCUCCCACACAAACAAGCAGCUGCUGGAAGAGAGUAGAUGAGUUGUGUUUAGUCUCUUUGCUAAAGAAAUGAGUCAAAGUUAAAAAGAUGUUUGGUGUCUAGUACUAUGUCUGUGACCCUAUAUGUCCUGUUGAUGAAGUUAGGUGCUGUUCUGAGCAUUAUUUGUGGCUAUAGAGUGGUGUUUGGUUGAGGUUUGUUUAUGGCUCCUCAGACUGCACAACUUUUUCAGUGUUUUUUGUCUCUGUUCCUAACAUCAAAUUUUAAUUAACGUUUUUGUUUCAUUCAUUUUCAUGUCAGGAUAGAAAGUUUUUAUGUUUCUAAAAAUGAGAAGAAACUAAUGUUUGCAAAAUGAAUCACGAGGAAAAGGUCAGAUUAGUAAUUUACAUCAGUAUAUUCCAUGAUUAUAGACACCACACUGUAAUCAGGGAUUAUUGUCAGGUUAAUCAGACAGUACCCUAAUCUGACUGACACACACACACACACAGGUGUUCAGCCUCUGACAAUCCCGAGUCUGUCUCUGGUCUCUCUCACACCGACAAACAACAAACACUCCUCUGCUCUGCUCCUUCAGGUGGAAAUCCCAAACAUCCAGAAACAAAGGAAACAUUUAGCCAAGCUGGUCCUGGACAUGGACUCGGCUCGAACACGGUGAGUGUGUGACGGUGUGAGUGUGAGAAAGAGGCUCUGCAGCGAUCUGAGAAACCCCAUCCCCUGUGAAUUAACUGGUCCUGAAGCCUCCCAGUGAAUGUCACUGGGAUUCGGUUGCACAAAAGUGAAACUGUGAGAAAAACGUCUCGGUCUGCCAACGCUCCUCAACACGAUCAGAGGAAAACGUGCUGAAAGAGUGGAGGGAGACAUAAACCAGAUUACACCAGGACUGGACAUCGAUGCAGUGAGGACUCAAGUGUCCAUACAUGAGGUCCUGGAUCUACUAACUGAGCUAAACUGCCAUGGAGAAGAAGUGAAAUAUUCUCUCAGAUUAAAAUCCCAAAUUAAGGCAGGAAAUACUCCAGCCGAGUUUGUAAAUCUGCAGCUCCUGAUGCUGUCAAACUGAACUUCACCUCCUCCUGAGGUUUAAUUAUCUCGGACCACUGAGUGAACAAAGCCCCGCGGUAGAGAGGAUCAACACUCGCUGCCAACUAGACGUAUCUCUCCUCUGCAGUAUUGAAACAGGUGUUUAUUGAAUACUGAAGCACAAACACUGAGAUUAAACGUCUCGGUGUCGCUGCUCUGCAUGUUAACGCCGGUUUAAUGUUCGAGAGAGCUGCUCAUUAUCUCACAUUACAUGCAAAUUCGCUAAAUUAAUCUGAUUUUAGAGGUUUUGUUCUGCGUUUCUGUAAAACAGUUGGACUUAGGAGAGACAAAAUCACUGAUCCACAGGUGAUAACAUGCAAAUAGAUGGAUCUGAUACUGGGACAUGAAACCUGUUGAGGAUUGUUCCUGUAUCACUCAUCGGUGUCUUGUAGGGCUGGGCGAUAUGGCCUCAAAUUUAUAUCACGAUAUAUUGAUCAGUUCACCUCGAUAACGAUAAAUGGACGAUAACUACUCCACAAGCUGCUCACCCCCUCCCACAUUAACUUCGUCUACUUCAGCCGCUACAACUUUUGAACCGUCCUCCAUCUCCUCACCUGUCUUUCCCUCUUUGUUACGUUAAAGGGACACGAGAACAAAGCCUACCUAAACACAUCCAAAACCAACUUUUAUUGAUUUAUUUAUUUGACACAGAAUAUACCGAUACGGGCAAAAUGGCGUCGGUUAUUGUCGUAUAAUUUGGUAUCGGUAACUUUCUGGUUUAUCGCCCAGCCCUAGUUUCUUCACUCGGUAUUCAAACAGUUUGUGAUUUUUACACCUUUGCCUCUUGGACAGGUGAAGUGACCCUUUAAUGAUCUAAAGCUGUUUGAGUCGUCAUGUUAGUUCAGAUUUUGCUUCUGUAAAAUAAGUAAUCGUCUGUUAGCCUUUUUUCGCUCACUCUCUGUCACUUCUGAGCACGGACCUGGAGAAAUGAGAUUUUCUUCACUGCAGGCCAGUCAGUCAGUCAGUUGGUUUUUUUGGUGACCCAAAUCUGAGACAACUUUUCCCAUCAUGCCGCUGUGCGCUGAGCUCCUCUGGCGGCGCAGCAUUUUUAUCUGCACUCAGAGAGAAAGUCUCAGACAGAGAGAGAAAGAGAGCGAGGAGAAAGCAGAAAUGCAGAUUGUCAGAGGUUUGUGUUCCAUCAGCUGAAGACAUGAGUGAUCUGUGGGAUCCUCUGUUUUGUUAAAGUAGCUGUCAGGUUCUGUUGGGGUUCAAAAUCGCUUACAGGAACGAAAUCUUGAGCCUUUGAGAGUGAAAAUAAAAACAUCUUUCUUCACUUUGACGUGCUGAAUUGAUCAAAUCUGAAAAAGAGACAAACACGUUGUUGUUGUUUCAUUCGCAGGUAUUAUCAGUCCACCAAGUCCUCAGGACUUUCCAGCAACCUGCAGCCGACAGGAGCCAAGGCCGACCACCUCAGGGAAGAGAUGGAGGAGGCAGCCAACCGCAUGGAGAUCUGUCGGGUCGGUCAUCACCGCCGCUCAUUAUUAUUUCACUGUUUACAGACGACUGAAUACUGAGCGAGUGUGUGGGAGAAGUUUUAACACUUUAUAAACGCUCAUGCAAAGGUGUUGUACGGUUCACAGAGAAGGAUGGGGGAGGCAAAAUAUUACGAUAAUGCAAUCCAGCACACAGCUGCAGGGGUGGUCAUGAAGCUACAGCGAAUCAGUGUCAUGGAUCUGGAUAGUUACAGUUGUCAAAGGGGUAAAACAUGCAGGACUGCACCAAAAAAUCCAUGGUCGGACAAAGAUUGUCCAGAAUCAUUCCUAAAACUUACAAAAGAAAGUCCAAAACAGACAAAAUGAAAUAACAGAAAACUGGCUUCCAACAGAACAAAGUAAACCAAAGUAUAAACAGCUAAGGAGGCCAUAAUGUGAGCAAACACCAGAUCCUCUGAUCCUAAAGAUGACCUUCCACUCGUCCAUUUCCGGCUCAGUUUGGCGUCUUUCUUAUCUGAGUCACGGGCAGGUGUGGACACAGUCGAGAAAGAUGGGAAAUGAGAAGCCUGUGGCUCUGCAGGACCAGCAGCUGUGAGCCAAUAUGGUUUUAUAGAUUGGCUCUCAGCUGUAGGUGUGACCCGUUUCAUUUACGCUGCUGUAGCUUUUGAAUGUUGAAUGUUUGGCAUAAAUGCAAAAAAUUUAAAGAGUAGAUGUUAAAUGAAAAAAGCUGUAAAUUAAAGUUAAUAAUGUUGUCCCUUUGUUGGUAUUUGUCGUCUCCCCUCCAGGAUCAGUUGUCAGCAGACAUGUACAGUUUUGUGGCCAAAGAAAUCGACUAUGCAAGCUACUUCCAGACAGUAAGUCCGACAUCUCUCCUCUCUGCUGCAUUAGUGAAGAAACACAAAUAUUCUGUUUGUUGAUGUCAGACACUCUGCUCCCUCUCUCUCUCUCCCUCUCUCUCUCUCUCUCUCUCUCUCUCUCUCUCUCUCCAUCUAGCUGAUAGAAGUGCAGGCUGAGUACCACAGGAAGUCAUUAGAGCUGCUUCAAAGUGUUUUACCACAGAUCAAAGCUCAUCAGGGUGAGUCUGGGUCCAAAACACUCCUGAUGAUGUCUGUCUGUGACUCUUUGCCAUGAGCACGCUCAGGCUCUGCUGUUUGUUUUGUCGCAGAAAGAUCCCAGCGUUGUGUAUGUGUUUAUGAAGGCCUGUUGACAGUUUGGGGUCCUGCGGUUUGAUGUUAGCUGUUUACGAUCUCGACGCUUCAAUCACUAAAAAAAGAGCCUUGGUGUGUGACAGAUUUAACUUAAAUCUCCUCGACUGAUAUUCAUACGGAUGAUUCUACAUGACCUACUAAUGCAAUCAGACUAUGAAUGAAAUGACUCCUAAUCUCUAAAACUGCUUUGAUAUUUACUUUAUGAGGAUUAAAUUAGCUUAAACUAUUAGAAACGCUCAGCUUGAUUCAGAGAAGACUGUGCAGCUGUGUGUUACUGACUCAUAACAUUUGCUCUCUGCAAGAGGAGAAGGCCGGAUAGUGACACCUGCACUGGUCAGAUAAUAACAACACAGCAGUUCAAUCGGACUUCUGUUUUUAUUACAAAUACAAGAAAAAGCAAAAACAUCAUCUCUAUAAUAUACGCUGUCCAUGUUUAUAUCUAUCUGCAACAACAUCUGCAACAGUCACACAUACUCAAAGCAGUUUUACCGACACACUGAGUUUUCUUAUAAAAGGUUUUGAUCGGCCUCAGAGUAAAAUAAAUACCAACAAUUAUCACUUAAGGACAAUCAGAGAAUCAUAUCCUCAUGUUUGUCCUUUACAAUCGUAUCGUAUCAUAUUGUAUCAUAUUGCAUCGUAUCAUAUCGGAUUAUAUUGUAUCAUAUAUUAUCAUAUCAUAUUAUAUCGUUUCAUAUCAUAUCAUAUUGUAUCAUAUUGUUACAAUUUAUAUUGAGUACCAUACAGUAUUGUAUCCGUUGUAUCAUUUCUCAUUGUCACAUCUCAUAUCGUAGUGUAUCAUUUUGUAUUGUUAUGUGUUGUAUUAAAUCAUAUUAUAUCAUAUUGUAUAAAUUCAGAAUGUAUCUUAAUAUAUCCCUACAUAACAUAUGGAAUAGUACAGUAUCUCAUCAUAACCUAUCAUAUCUUAUUGUAUCAUUACUUAUCAUAUUGUAUCAUAUCAAAUCGUAUAUUAUCUUAUUGUUACAGAACAUAUUGUAUCAUAUCGUAUCGUUUAAUUUCAGACUCUAUCGUAAUGUAUUGUAUCACUAAAUAUCAUAUCCUAUUGCUAUGUCAUAUGGAAUAGUAUUGUAUCAAAUUGCACUCUAUCCUAUCAUAUCUUAUUGUUUUAUUUUAUAUCACAUCGUAGAGUAAAUUUCAGAGCGUAACAUAUCAUACAAUUACGUACUUGAUCUUACAGUUACGCAAUAUAUCAUACUAUACAUACUGUAUCAUAUAGUAUUGUUUUGUAUUUGUUUUGUUUAGUGUUUGACCAUUUUGGAGUGAAUUGAAUCAUGUUACAUCUUAUCUUUUUGUUACAUUUGACAUCAUUUUGUAUCAUAUUGUAAUAUUUUAUCAUACCGUAUCAUAUCAUAUCGUUUUGGAUCAUACUGUAUUAUUCUAGAUUCUAUCAUCUUGUAUCAUAUUGUGCUGUUUUCCUAUUAUUUAUUUAUUUAUAUUAUGACAUCUUGUAUCAUAUAGUUUUGUAUCUCAUAUCCUAAUCCAUGGUGUCAUAUAUCAUGUUAUAAGUUACUGUGUCAUUUAUUGGUUGUCAUAUCCUCUCAUAUUGUGUUAUAAGGCCUUGUAUGUUAAUGUGUUGUAUUGCACUGUAUCAUGUUGUACAGUGUAUGUACCUUAAACUGGUCUGAAGAGGAGAGAAUCUGGUCUCAGCUGCUUUUUAAAAACAAAACAUGAACUCUCAGAUUUCUCAGAUUUUGUAAGCACGAAUAUUGCGGUGAUUUUAACAAACAUCUGUAUGUUGUAGAGCAGUUGUGAAGGUCAUCCAGAAAGUAUAUGUCUUAUUUGUUUGUUUGUUUGUUUGGGGAACUUUCUGCAACCUCAGAGAAAAUGAUUUUCAUCUGUAUUCAUAAAGAGGAAGUAAGCAUCACAAACAGCAGAGCCGCUUCUGUAUGUCAUGCACAUUUUAAUAAGUGUGUGUGUGUGUGUGUGUGUGUGUGUGUGUGUGUGUGUGUGUGUGUGUGUGUGUGUGUGUGUGUGUGUGUGUGUGUGUGUGUGUGUGUGUGUGUGUGUGUGUGCGAUUGGCAGAGACCUGGGCAGAGAAACCAUGCUACGGGAAACCAUUAGAGGAGCACUUAGCGCUCAGCGGGAGAGAUAUUGCCUUUCCCAUCGAGGCCUGUGUCACUAUGCUGCUGGAGUGUGGCAUGCAGGAGGAGGUGAGACACACAGACACACACUGCAUCUGUCACACACAUCCACAGAUACAGAAAACAAACACACUUCAGGGACGCUUUUUGGAGGGCACCGCAGAGAUGAAGUCACUCUUAAUUACUGAUGGUAGAUGUUUCCAAUGCGGUCCUUGUACAGUUCGGCUCCUUCGAGUCAUUUGCUUAAAGCCUGAAACAAAUAGUCCAUGACUGUGUAAUUAAUGUCUGAUGGUAAGAAGUGUCCUAAUUUUUUGUAAUCAGGCCAGUGAGCUGAAACCGGAGCUGCUUUAAUUGCUCAGCCUUAAAUGACGCUUUAAUGGAGAAAUAUUGAUGGUCCGGUCGAUGUUUUCCAUCAUCAAAACUGCACGAGAUGAAAAGAGAAAAACAAAUACAUCAUUAUGAGUCAGUUAAUUUCCAUUUUACAGUAAUUUGGUUUAAUAUGUUUGCUGAACAUUAUGGAUAAUAUUUUUUUACACGGGGCAGCUAACGAUCAGGCGAUUUGCGGGUGUUGAAUGAGGUGUUUCAGUCAUUAGCGGUUGAGUUAAAUGACCCAAAAGUUUUGUUAAAAUGACUGAAAAAGAAAUGACUGAAACCAUCAGGAGGGUUAGAGACUUAACAGAAUCAAAUACUCAUUUAUUUAUAAGGAGGGAAGGUAAAAGCCUCAAACUGCAGUUGAUUUACAUGCAGCGCAGGUUUAACAAUAAGAAGGUGAUAAAGCUCCUCUGAGUAACUUUAGGUUUGUGUGGAUUUUGGCGCCCCCUGUGGACAAAGUGAAAUCUGUUCUUUUUUUGCAGAUUUUGUCCUGUAGAUUGGUAAAAUAUAAACCAGCAGAGUUUUGAGAUAAGAGUUUUUAUCCUCCUUUCUUUUGACAGUCAUACGUUUCACUCACUGUGUGUUUGUAAAUUUAAGACUCGGUCAUAUUUUUCUAGGCUUGAGGCUAUAAAUAUAUCCAAGAAGAAAUAAUCAGUCUUUUCUCAAAUGGUCUUUAUUGUUUGUUUUGUUCACAGAGAGGCAUCAGUAUUCAUUUCAGUUUGUUUCAUAACCUGCUAAAACUCCUCAUGGGAGCUUCAAAUAGAGGCAAUAAACCAUCAAUGAAAGCUUAUACAAUAUCCUGUAUGUGGCUGAAAUGAUCUCUCUGAAAAACUCAGGUAACUCAAUCAUCAAACAGCCCUGAGGCUUUGUUAAAAAUCAGCACAACUCUACAAGUUCAACUAUUAGACUGAUUCUUAAAAAAGCCUGACCUUAGCUGUAGAGAAAAACACACUAACCAACAAAAACAUUAAAGAUAAUGUUAGAAAUAGAUGUUAUGAUCAUGCGCUGUUAGACAGCAUGUCAAUACCAUCCUGCUUCACAGAGACAGAGAGGUGGAGGAAGAGAGAGAUCCCCUGUUAUCAUUGUGUUAUCAUUAAAGGGAUAUUCUGGUGUAAAAUUAAUCAAGGGUCAAACACACCCUAACACCGAGUUAGACACCCCCUCAAGAGAUGAAUGUUGCUGACCGCUUGCUUCUCUAGUUUUACCAACUUUAGUAACGACCGCAGGAUAGCAAUACACAGCGGUCUGAGGAGCCGUAAACAAACCUCAACCAAAACGCCACUCUAUAGACACAAUUAAUACUCAGAACAGCACCUAACUUCAUCAACAGGACAUAUAGGGUCACAGACAUAGAACUAGCCACCAAACAUCUUUUUAACUUUAGCAAAGAAACUAGACACAACUCACCUACUCUCUUCCAGCAGCCGCUUGUUUGAAGCGAGACCCCUAGGCCAGUCCAUUACGGACUACAGCGGGGUUAUGCAGCUCAAGGAAGAACAUUUAUGAUCACCCCACUGUAGUCUGUAAUGGACUGGCCUGAGGUCUCACUACAAACAAGCGGCUGCUGGAAGAGAGUAGGUGAGUUGUGUCUAGUUUCUUUGCUAAAGUUAAAAAGAUGUUUGGUGGCUGGGACCCUAUAUGUCCCGUUGAUGAAGUUAGGUGCUGUUCUGAGCAUUAUUCGUGGCGAUAGAGUGGCGUUUAGGUUAAGGGCGCGGCUCUCUGCAUUGCCAUCUUCGUUACUAAAGUUGGUAUAACUAGAGAAGCAAGCGGUUGGCAACAUUCAUCUCUCGAGGGGUAGUCUAACUCGUUUUUACGGUGUGUUUGACCCUAGAUUAAUUUUACGCCGAAAUAUACCUUUAACCAAUGCUUCCAGUCACACAGUAUUUUACUGUUUGUUUGUUUAUCUUUCGUUUUCAUUGUUGUUUCAAUGGUAAUUUCCAUCUGUAAAUCCAGCACAAGCAGCAGAGUCCUCGCUGUUCCUCCUGUAACUCAGUUUGGUAUAAAUUUCACUUUACCAGGACACCAGCUCCUCAUAGAGAGCUGUACAGUUGGGUCCUACUGGGGCGUAUAUGUGACUCAAAGAGAGAACAGAAACUAUAAACAAGGUGUACUGUAACUGUAACUCCCCAAACAAGCUAAAACAUUCAGAGGUCAGGGCCUCCAUGUGUGGAAACAAGUCUGUCAUGAUCCGACACGCCCCUCCUUUGGAUUCAGCUCUCUCCUUCACCACAUGUGUGUUUGUUUUGUGUUUCUCCUCAGGGUUUGUUCAGAGUCGCUCCUUCGGCCUCCAAACUAAAAAAGCUCAAGGCCUCUCUGGACUGCGGGGUGUUGGAUGUUCAGGAGUACUCUGCAGACCCACACGCCAUCGCAGGUGAGCUAAUUACGACUCCCCGCCACUGCAUACUGGAACCCCCCCAAGCUUCCUGUAAUCAGUUGCCAUGACGACUGAUUACUAUUGUCUGGAAUAGGAACUUUGCCUUACAGGAGUGGAUUUAUGAGUUGGCACCCAGAGCUCGUUAGAAAUCUCAUUUUAGUGCCUUUCGGGCCGAGGCGGUGUGUAAAUGAGACUUCUGUUCACUUCCACUCAGAGGAGAAAAAAUAGAUUAAGGGCUGAAUAUUGUAAUUAAGCUGCUACAUGAUCCGAACGUGGCCUGAAUCAGACAAACCCCUGAUGUUUUUAAAUCCCAUUUUUGAGGGUUUGUUUAUUUCUCCUGCACAUAUCAGGUACUGUGAAGCUGUAAUUAAUAAACAUCCAUUAACAUCCAGCUCUCGUUGCUACACGUGAGUCAGCAUCUAGAGGAGAAGAGCAGCCCGUUUUUCCUCCUUUUUCUCCCCUUCCAUACUUCUGUGUUUUUCGACAUAAAUUCAAUAAACUAUCUCAAAUAUGUCUGGUGAUAAAUUCCAAAUAUAACUGGGAUUAGUGUCAGACAGAUUCUUCAUCUUCUGCAGAAGCUGCUCCAGAAAAAAAAUACAAAGAAGAUGUGUUUUGUUGCUGCUGUCACCGAUUCGCUCUUAAAUCAGAACAGCUAUAGACUACAAAAGAAAGAAAAGCUUUCAAGCUUUUAUGCUGCAGCUAUUGAUCUUUUUUUUCCCCCUUUUCUUUUGAGAGUCGUGUUCGUCUGCACUGGAGCAUACUGCUAUAUAACACUGUUGACAGAUGAAAACAGUACUUUUCCACAAUAAUAACUUUUCAGAGGCGAUGGAAAUAUCUUUCACUGAGGACAGAUGCAUUUUUGAUGAAGUGUUUACCCUAUGAAACAAAAAUUAGAGCAAAGUUUGUCAAAGGUUUUAAACUACAUGGAGAUACAUCUAUGACAAAUUACAUCCUUCUCCUUCCUCAUGGCUUAUGUUGCUACGUUCAGCUUGGACAGUAAGAGGUCUUAAAUCUGUUCAUUUAAUGUGAAAUAAGUGCAGAUUAGGACUUUGACCCUGUUGUCUUAACUACAACAGUCAGUGCGUUUACAUGCACAGCUUAUCCGUACUAAGUUCAUAAUUUGUUUUUUUCACCAAAUCGGACUUCUCUCCUUGGCUGCGUAUACAUUGAAUUAUUGACGUGAACAUGUCCUCCUCCCCAAAACUAGAGGGCGAUAUGUGUCUUUUUAGAUCUUUUUUUUUGUCACAUCACGUCGAAUUGAUAGUGUUUUUUAUUGCAGUAUAUCAUAUAGUAGGGCUGGGCGAUAUGACCUCAAAUCAAUAUCAUAAUAUAUUGAUCAGUUCACCUCGAUAACAAUAAAUAGACGAUAACUACUCCACAAGCUGCUCACCCCCUCCCACAUUAACUUUUGAACCGUCCUCCAUCUCCUCACCUGUCUUUCCCUCUUUGUUACGGACUGGAUGUCUCGUCUCUGACGUAGGACAGCGUCUUAAAGGGACAUGAGACCAUAGCCUACAUACACACAACCAAAACUAACUUCGAUUUAUUUAUUUGACACUGAAUAUACAGAUAUGGGCAAAAUGACGUCAGUUAUUGUCGUAAAUUUUGGUAUCUGUAAAUUUUCGGUUUAUCGCCCAGCCCUAUCAUAUCGUGUUUUGUGCAGUUUUGUAUCCUAUGGUGUCAGAACAGAUUAUCAUGUUAUAUUAGAUCCUGUUGCAUCACAUAGUAUCACAUAUAUAGUCUGUGCUGCAGCCUGUCUUAUUGUGUCUCAUCGUGUUUCAGAAAAGAACGUUGUACAUUGUGUUGUAUUGUGUAACACCGAGCUGGAUGGUAUUAUACUGUAUUAUGUAAGAUUGCAUUGCAUAGUAAUGAGUUGUUUGUGUGAUAACUUAUAAUCAUGAGAGAAUAGAUCAGGGUUUUCUUUAGGAUCCAUUUAAACUGUUUCUGUAGCUCCACAGGAUUAAGAGGGUGAUGGCAAAACAAAACAGUCUGUGAUUGAUGCUGAACUGAAGGUGCUGCAGUCGCCUCUUUCCAAACACACACACACACACACAGAAAAAGCUGAUCUAGAAGUUGGAGAAUAAAAGGACAACAUAGAGGACUGAUCAUGUUAACUAGUUUCUAUCAUUAGCAUAGCUUUAGUGCCUCAUCAGUGACUGAUUAAACCAGCUAAAAAUCCUGUAAGUGCGCCGCCAGAAAAUAGAGGUCACUUUUCAUCAUAAAGACCACAAAAGCUGUAGAUACACCACCACCCCGGUACGAUGUGUUCCUUUAUCAGAUCUCACAUCAGAGUCAAUCAGUGUGCCGUGUUCACUCGGGCAUGUGGAGACGGAGACAGCUUCAAGAUGAAUCCCAGUAUCUCUCCUCUAAUGAUCUCAUAUUAAACUGGGUUAGCUCCAGCACAAAAUCUAAUUUGUGGUCCUGUCCCAGUGGGGGUGGUCCCGGUCAUGAUGGGAGGAGGUUCGUCUGCAAUCAGCCUCAAAAAGGAAAAGCAGAAACCUUUUCUCUGCGAAGUUCCAGUUCGGCAUUAGCGUGAUUAAAUGCGUCAGAUCGGACUCUGAGACGGACACGUUCGCUCCCAAACUCAGACGGAACGACGGCCGCCUGCGAGCCGUCUCCCAGUGAGGGAUGCCCUGUUGAGGCUCUGUUGUUUGUCAUCCAUCCCACACAUCCCCGAGGGAAAUGAAAAGCACCAGACCAGAGAGAGAGGAGAAAAAAGAGACAAGUCAGAGAGAAGCCCAGUCAGCCGUCACCCCUCUCAUCAGCGCUGGAAAAUUACACUCCCACACUCCGCCGUUGAUGAAAAAGGGUUUGGAAAUAGCUCUGGGUUUAUUUUCAAACAGUUUUCUGAAGGAGUUUUUAUCAGAGUCUCAGUUUUGAGUUUUUUUAUUCAGGCAUUAAAAAUGAAUAAUCCGACUGCAGCAGCUCUGAUGCUAAUGAUUAAAUCUCUUCACUGAUGACAUGGUGUAAAAUACAGACUUUUAGUUUACCUGAGGACGACACUCUGAGCUCAUGCAGAGACAUUAAGACUAUGUGUAAAUUUCAUGAAGACAAACUUGCAGAUGAAUUUAUCCGUCAUGAAUUAUCUUGUUAUUUUUUUUCCAGGUGCUUUGAAGUCGUACCUGCGGGAGCUUCCUGAGCCCUUAAUGACAUACGAGCUCUACAACGACUGGAUCCAAGCCUCCAAGUCUGUAUCUUCUCAAAGUUGUGUUUUCAAUACGAGUAGAGAUCGCUCUGACCGCAUUUUGAACCCUUAUCUUUAAGUUUGUGCGUGUUUUCUUUGAAAUAUCUGAAAUUUCUGUCAUCUUUCAGCAUUCAAGAUCAAGACAAGAGACUGCAGGCUCUCCUCAGCGCCUGUGAGAAACUCCCGCCAGCCAACAACAACAACUUCAAGUGAGUCAGUUUUUCCAUGUUUUGCUUUUCGAGGUCCUCUCUGGUGCCCUGCUCGUUUUUUUUUAUGUUGCUUAAUUUGUUCAGCACAGAGCCGGCCAACUAUGAUUCAUACUGGGAGAAGAUAUCUGGAGCUCUGAAAUGAAGGCUGGGUCAGAGCCAAAGACUCGGUUUCACAGACCUUGACCCCGGACUAUCUUUUAGACUAACUACUGUUGCAAAAAAGCUGCCUGGUUUUAUCUGAAGUGAGACUAAAAUAGCGUGAAUUCUGGGUGAAAUAAGCUUCUCUUCGAUUUAAAAAUCACAGCUGGUUGCAUAUCAAACUCUGCAGCUCGUUCACUCCUGCAGAAAAUCUUCAAACUCAAAGUUGUGCCCUGAUUUUUGAAAAGUCCCUGAGACUUUAAGAGAAGAAAGAACACCAAAAGACAAGUCCAAAACAUACUUUCCAAUUUUAUGAACACAAACACCUCUGAACAAGAGAGAUGGAUGAGGGGUGUCGUGGUGACUUCUGUGACACAAACAAAAACAAGACCAGGGCUCCAAAUUCAGACCAGUUCGGUUGUACUAAAGACAAUGAAAUUACACUCACUUCUUGAAGUUGUACGUCACUUUUUGGCAACAAAAAGACCAAGUUGUCACUCAAGAGGUUUUUAAACUGGGCGAUCUGUACAUUGUGACUGGGACAGGCGUGUCUUGGCUGCAUGUCUCACUUCCUAAAGUCCCUAAAGUCAGUUUUUUGCUUCAUAUUUAGUUUCAUUUCUGUUAUUGCAGCUCAUUUCUUAAACACUCCUAAUGUGCUCUGAGACUGCUCAAGAUGCUUUCUUGAUCUGUUUGUGUUUUGCCGAUUUGCGGGUUGCGGCGCCUCGGGCUCUAAAUGCCACUUUACAUUUCCCGGCAAAAAUCCCGAAUAGACUGAAGCAUGAAAUCCUCGCUCAGCGGAGAUCAGCAGGAGAUCUUAAACGCUGUGGCUUUGUCACUUUGUCACUUUGUCACUUGUGGGACUGGUUCUCUCACUGACUCGUCUGUCAGACUCUGGGAGCUGCAGGAUAACGAGGACAGCAGAAAACUUUCCCUUGUCUUCUUUUGCUCCAAGACUUUGUCAGAAAGAGUAAAUUAGGAGUCACUGUCUCGUCUUUGUCACCAUGAGGUGCUGCUGGAGUAUAUGGAUUAUGGAUUUGAAGCCAAAAAGCUGUAGGUAUCUAUAAGAAAGGCUUGAUGACUCGAGGCGGAGUCACCAGUGUCCCUACACGGCGGCCAUCUUACUCCAGUACGUUCUAUGGUAGCUGACGGAAGUUGAGAAAUCUGCAUGAUCGAAAAUACUCUCAACUCGCUGAGAUCUUGAUGGAUUUAUGAAUGUUUUAGUUUAUUACAGACCUUUAUAACGUGGCUAUGAGUCGGGAUACUUGGACAUAUUGAAAUGACAGAUUUUCUUUGAGGAAAAAAAGACUUAAUCAUGAAGCACGGUUGUUUCACGGCUAUUUUACGUGCAAGGGCUAACUUUUGAGUCGAGUUGUCAAGGCUGAACAACAGUCGAGACUUUAAUUUCUUGUAUGACAGCCUACAUUUUUCGUCUAAGUGUCAGUCUUUGUGAAUGUGUUCGUGUUUAUCAGCUGUCUGACUUGGCUAACAGACUUGCUGUGAGUGAGACCGAGUACGUUUAACAAAAUUGACCCAGCAACUUUACAUCAGUUGUAGAGGCAGAAAUGCUCUUUCGAUUCAACAAAACUUAAAUUGCACAUGAUUUCCAAACUGUUUGGUUUGUUAAAAACAUCUAAAACAGCAACAUGAGGCAGAAAUUUAUAUUAAAAAUACAUAUUUAUGUAUGUUAUUAUAGUUAUCCCUAUAAUAAAAAUAUUACUAAUAUAACAUACAUAACUAAAACUCUGAGGUUUGUUACAAACCAAACUUUUAAAAUUAAUUAAUCUACGGUUAUUUAAAUGCUACAUGAACUGUAGUCGGUAAUGUUAUGAGUGGAGGAGCUGCUUGAAGCAAGAUGGCCGCCAUGUGUGGAUGUUGGUCUCCAUUGGCUAACAGCGUACGUAAGCCAUCUAGCGUUUACAUAUGUGUCGAAAAGCUCUGCGUUUAUUCUCCACUUCCUAAAACCAACAUUGCACCGUGUGAUGACGCUCCCCUGGAUAAGCUACGCAAUCUCUGUACUCCUUUAGGCUGUCAAUCAUAUUGACAAUCUAUGUUAAUCAUAGAAAACACGAAGCCCCUAAUAACUUUUAAAAACAGAGCUGCACAGAAAAAAAGAGGACUUGAGCAGAAACCAGUCUGACAAUAACUCCGUCAACAUCGAUCCAAAGUGAUCCACUGAUAUCUGCUGGAUUAUCUCAUAAUCCAGAAGAACAGAGGAGAUCCGUGUGGAGGGAGACUAGAGGAAAGUGACAGGAGAGAAAUUGAAAGUUCAGGAUCGGCGGCUCUUGUCAGUGUCAUCAUGAAAUUGCACAAAUAGGGCGUAUUUUUAGACGGGCGUCCUCUGAGGAGACCUGUCAGACCUGUCCAGAUGAUGGCUGCUCGCUGGAAUGAGCUGCCUGAUGUUCACUCAGCUGUACUUCAGAUCAGGAUGAGUCACUCGGCCACAGAAACACACUAGCCCAGUUUUUGUCCUCAUCACAGAGCUCCCUCUAACUUACAGUACGCUCAGUCUGGUUCAGAAACGUGCUCGUCGUAUCACGGUGGAGUCCUGACCUGGAUCACAGUAUUUUUCUUAUUUCUCACUUAAAUUAAAAUCUAACAAAGUUGCAGCACUGCGAGAACUUCAUUUUACAUUCAGCCCGAUAAAACAAGCCAACACAUCCUCCUGACCUUGACCGCUAUCUGUGCAGCUACAAUUCAUGCACUCCUACAAAAGCUCCACACAUUUACAAGCUGUUAAUUCUCCCGCGCGGAGGCACUUUAGUUUAAUAUAUCAGUGCUGUCCAGGAGAAACAGUUUCGCUGGUUUUCUGGUGAUUUUGUGAUUUUCAGAGCGACUUUUCUUCCUUUAGAGUUUGAUAAAUUAUUCAUAAACCCUCCAGAUUAGCUGAAAAAUCACUAUUUUAGAUGAAACAAAAGAGACGUUUCCUGAACUUUAAAUUAAAUGUUCAGUUCUAAUAAACAGACAUUGUUCAUCCUCACUUCUCCUCUGGUUAUCUCUGAUGUUGGUGUUUAAGAAAGCCGAUCAGCGUCGGCUAAAUCGAUGUUACAUUUGAUGAUUUUUUAAUUAAAUCAGCGUUUUUCUGUUUUCUCUUCAGGUAUUUGAUCAAGUUCCUCUCCAAGCUGACGGAGUACCAGGAUGUGAACAAGAUGACGCCCGGAAACAUCGCUAUUGUCCUUGGACCGAACCUGCUGUGGAUGAACGACGAAGGGUAAAGGCACCUUUACUUACUACAGAACCAUGUCGUUGUGAUACGUGUUGAACAGGUUUUGGCGUCUCCUCUGUGAAAUAUGAAGGUCCUCUCUGAGAAGGUCAUUUUUUUAACGGCAGCAUAGGUUGCUCCAAGACUUAUGCAUCCCCGUAUCAGCACGGAUGCUGGCUGUUGAACUGUGAGGUGACUCUUCUUGUCUUUGGAGCUGAAGAUACAGGAUCCAAGAUUUCCAAAAAGAAGGUCAAAUUUUGAUUUGUGAACCAAAGGAGAGAUUUCCAUUUCCCCUCUCAGAUAUAUCGCAGGGUUUCUUCUUGAGCGGUGUAACAGUUUGGUUUCUGGAGGUGAGUUUGAGCCCAUGCAGUGAUUUCCACUACAGAGUCAUGUCUGUUUUGAAGCACUGCAGCCCGAGCGUCUGGAUAUCAUGGCUUAUUAUUCUGCAUGUCUGUCAGAACUUAUCCUGGUUUGUCGAGAGAUUUUCCUCCAGGUGUUUAUUUUUUUCAACAGUUUGAGUUUUUCUCGUCUCUGUGCCAAAUUUUGUGAAAAUUGAAAUGAGCAAACAGUCUUCAUAAUUUGUCAGUUUUAAUGUUUCCUGUGUUUUUUUGUUUUAAUUAAAUUCUAAGUUUAAAUUAUUCAAAAACCAUCAAAAUCUGUUUUCACCAACAUUUUAUCCGAAGGUACAAACAAAUUUUGUGUUUGUGAUUUUGAGAUUUCUGAUUUUACUGAGUUUGUUUAAAGGCCGUCAUGCUUUAAAACUAUGUCAGUUAUUCCUUCUUCUUCUCUCUUCUCUCCCUACAAAGUGGACACUUUGCUUUAGGGCUGGGCGAUAUGACCUUAAAUCAAUAUCAUGAUAGAUUGAUCAGUUCACCUCGAUAACGAUAAAUGGAUGAUAACUACUCCACAAGCUGCUCACCCCCUCCCACAUCCAGCCGCUCCAACUUUUGAACCGUCCUCCAUCUCCUCACCUGUCUUUUAUUUAUAACUUUUAUUUGUUUAUUUUUUUGACACUGAAUAUACCCAUUUGGGCAAAAUGACGUGGGUUAUUGUCGUAAACUUCGGUAUCAGUAAAUUUUUGGUUUAUCGCCCAGCCCUACACUGCUUUUUAUUUUGACUGUGUCGCACUUUUAACAGAGAUAUAUGUUUCCUCAGACUCUUUUCACUAUUCCAGUUGUAUGAAGUAUGCACGGUGAUGACUGAGUAGUUUGAGGCGUGUGAAGGACACGUUCUUGUAUUUUACAGCCUCCUUAAAUUUUAAUUAGUGGUUUAAUAAGCCGACAUUUCUGAAAUGAUUUUAACUCUCUCCUUUUAAUGCUUCUGUAAUGUCAUGAAGACGUCUUAAUCGCUGCUGUUUCUCCUUGACUGUCCCGCUGUAAAACGUCUGCCUCCCCUCUGUCUGCUGCAGGAACAUCACAGAGAUGAUGACGACAGUCUCCCUGCAGAUCGUCGGUAUCAUCGAGCCGAUCAUUCAGCACGCUGACUGGUUCUUCCCCGGAGGUGAGGAGGAACACAAAAUCAAGACUUGGGUGUGUUUUCCUCUGAUAAUUAGACGCUGAAUUGUUUCUGCUUUUCUCAGAAAUCGAGUUCAACGUCACUGGGAACUAUGGGAGCCCGGUCCACACAAACCACAACGCAAACUACAGCUCGAUGCCGUCUCCAGACAUGGAUCAGGUGGAUCGAAGGCAGAACGACCAGAGUCGACGGCCGCUCAGCGUCGCCACGGACAACAUGAUGCUGGAGUUCUACAAGAAGGACGGGUACAAACCUCAUAUCUCUGCUGGGAUUAUAAUGACAGCGUAUCUGUCUGCAGUUUGGAGUGUGUGUGUGAAGUCUGAUAGUUUUGAUCUCAGUGUUAAUCCUGGGUUUGGGCGACGAUUACGAUCCAGAGACAGACUCAAAAAAGAGACAAGAUUCAUUAAGAGACAGGAGUGAUAAAAAGAGUUCUGAUCAGACACAAGCUGGUUUUUUAAAGCGUUCACUGUGAGAACAACGAACUUAAGAAGAAGAAGCUUUAACAGUUUUUCCUCCAGACUCCUGCAGCCCAGUGAACGGAGACAGGGUGAAACGAAGAAAAUAAAGAAAUAAGAGGGAGAUUUGGGAACGGUUUAGUUUUUUGUGUUUUUUAGCGGAGGCUUAGAUAAACAAAUCUUAGAUUUUGAAGGUAAAGUCAGGAGAAGCUCGUCUUAGCCUACAAAAUAAGGAUUCUGGCAUGUGAGUGUGGCUUUUUGGAGCCUUUUGAGAUGAGUUUAUGAUAAAACGGACCAAAAAUGAUUAAUUUCUUACAGCAGCUUUAAAGUAGUCAUACUGCUGCACAGACAUACAGUUACAACUGAAAAUUACUGAAAAAAGUACAAGAAGAUUAAACUGUGCUUUUAUUUUUAUUUAUUUUAUUUUUAUUUUAACUUUUAUUUUAUUUUUAUUUUAUUUUAUUUUACUUUAUUUAUUUAAUUUUAAUUUUAAUUUUAUUUUUAGAUAAUGGAGCAUCAAGCUGAAUGAACCAUUUUAAGAUCAUUUUUAUACAGUUUAUUAUAUUUUUAAUACAUCUCUUUUAACAUUUGUUGCAGCUGAUAAAACUGGAGCUCAUUUUAAAAGAGUUUAUACACAUUUUAUCCUCGUUUUUACAGACUGUCAGUUAUGAAUAUAAUGACACAACAUCAUAAUCAAUCAUGUUAAUCAAAAAUUAUUAUACUGUAGAUUUAAAAGUAGCUUGUAGUCAAACUGAAAAUGUUUGUGAGUUUUGUAGCUAGUUAGGCUAACAGGGCUUAUAACGUGUCCAUCACGUCGGAGUGAAAUCAAACUGUAUACACAACAUGUCAACACUUGAAGAGAUAAAACACCAGUAGUUACAAAAUUAAGAAUAAUCCUAAAUAAUAGCUGGUUUAUUCAACAUUUUAUUUUGCUUGUAAUCUUCCCACCUUGGACUCGUCACAGAAAAAAAUCCCCUCGGCGACAAAAACCAUCAGGAGAACAAACCUGCAGCCUCCUGAGGAGAGCGUUUAGAGGCUCUAGUCAGACUGAACAGUGAUCACACAGCAGCAUGCUGAAAUGCUUUCCUUUAUAGCGCUAACAUACUCACUUCUAGUAGGUUUUUGAUCAGCAUAUAAACAUGUUUAAGCAGGAAAACGGACAGGGAGAGAGUUAUUCUCCUGCAGCUGACACAAAACAGACAUUAUUGUCAACUAUUGCAAACCCAAGAUAUGGAUAAAAACUGGAAUUGUCAAGUAUUUUCCUGGAGACUCAGCUUAAAGCUCCCGCUGAUUACUCACACACUUACACACACACACAUACACACACACACACACACACAUUCAUGUCACCCUGCCUCUGAAUCAAUCAGCAGUCCCCUCUACCUCUGAGCUGCUGUUACAGCUUCAUUCAGGGUGGCUCCCAGCUGACAGCUCCACUGACAAGUUAGCUUUAAGUUUUCCUCCAGACAAAGCCACUUUUGAGGCACGUUACAUUUCUGCAUGACUGCGUUUUGACAGGGUCGGACGUGAGGUGUAAGAACUGGAGAAUUCCCCCGUGAUUACACAAGUUUCAUGUGAGAGUGAUCUCCAUGGAAAGCUCGGUUUCACUUUGAGACGGACAGAAAGUAUCACUUCAUCACUCUGUAUCUGCAGCUGCUGCCUUCAAACUAAACAGAGGGGUAAAAAACUGAGGUAAGGGACUGAGAGAGAGAGAGAAAGAUGACAUUUAGUCUGUGAAAUGAGGAAUCUGACAAUCCUCAAGCUUUGGAGAAGGAUUAGCCGAAACCCAGUCAGACGGUUUCUGUCUCUUUUCUCUGUCUGUCUCUGUGUCUCUUCUUUUAAUGCUUUAAUACACCCUCCUUCUCAUCGAGCCCUGUGGGUAGCCUUAGCCCCGCAGUCCUGGGACUACAAGUAGCCCAGCUAAUUAAACCUGCACCGAGUGAGUGCUGGAUCUGAUCAAUAGAGCUGGGCUUUCAGUGGUAACACAAAGAACGCUCCUCAGAACCAGCAGGCUCAGCACAAAGAGGCUCCAGCUCCUUUGAAAGUGUUAGUUUUUUUUAUAUACAGUACAAAAGAUGGCAGAUUUAAGGCUGCACGCUGUUGUUCAGUUGCAUUUCAAUUUUCUCCCGUGACAGGAUAUCUAGAAGCUGCAGCUCUGGGGGUUUGUGCUCCAUCAUUAGAGCAAUAAAGAUGUCAAAUUUCCCAUAAUUCUCUGAUGCAGGAUACAGACUUCACUUUAUCGACAUAAAUCUAAAGAGAUAAUCAGGGAGGUAAUUAAAAGAGAGGGAAACUGCAGUGGGAUCCUGUUUUUAUUUUCAGAUUUGAAGGUCAGUACUCCUCUCAAUGUGACUGGGUUGGAUUAAAGUCUCAACUAACAGGUGGUUCAGUUUGGUGUCAGACUUCAACAGAGGAAACUAUAUCAGCCGAGCAGCAGCACAAGGUUUGAAUAAGAUCUUAUGCUGUGUUCCAGUUGUACUCCGAGUCGGAAUUCAUCUGGAACGCCCCCAUUAAGUCAGAUUUCAGACUCAGAAAGUCGGACGAUCCUCACCAACCCUGGCUUGCGAUAUUAUUUUUCGUAGGCUAGUAGGGGAAGGUCCUGCCUUCUUCGCCUCUGAUUGGCUAGAAAAGCUGGAAACAUGCUAUUGGGUUACUGUGUUUACAACUGGUAUAGCUAACAACUAACAACAGCUGACAACCACUUACAAUGACUGACAACGGCUAACGACAGCUGACAAUUGUAAACAACGGCUAACAGUAGGCCUCCAUCUUGGUUUUCCGACCUGUUUAGUGGAACGCCGUCAAUUCAGGUGUGGCGUCGUUCCCAGCUCCGACUUCCGAGGUAACUGGAGCGCAGCAUAACUCUGUGUUCCAGUUACCUCAGAAGUCGGAUGUUGAAGCUGGGAAUGACGUUACGCCUGAGUUGACAGUUAACAAGUCGGAAAACCAAGAUGGAGGCCUACAGUUACCUGUUGUUACCUGUUGUUUACAAUUGCCAGCUGUUAUCAGUUGUUGUUAGUAGUUGUUAGCUAUACCAGUUGUAAACAACGCAAAACACAGUAUUUUACUCUUACAAACACCAUGGCGACGUGUUCACAGUUAGACGUUGGGCAGCACAACAUAAACCACUUAUUGAAUUUCACCAAAAUAAAACAGAAGCGCUGAUAAAUAAUAAAUUACGAGCGCUUUAAGUGUUACUCUCUACUGUUGAUGCACUGCGCUGCCAUCUUGAAUUGUGAUGUUGUCGUAAAGUAGUGGUUGUUGAGGAUAGUCCGACUUCAGGGGGGCAUUCCAGAUGAAUUUCCGACUCGGAGUUUGGAAAUCCCAACUUCCGAGUACAACUGGAAUGCAGCAUUAGUCUAAGCUUAAACUUAAGAUAUCUGAUGCAACAAGUACUAAACAACCACAUGAAGACAGCUACGAUAGAAUAUAAUACAAAUCAACACAAUAAACCCAAUUUCAGUUCGACUUGUCCAAAUGAUUUGCCUUAAUAUUCAUAUCAACAUAUCUGACUUAGAAACCAAAUCACCGUUCUGCAGUUAUAAGAAAGUCUAAACUUAUAUCAUCUGGGAGGUUCUGGCCUCAUUAGGACUAAAUGAAAUGAUAAUCACCUCUCUGGGUUCUGACAUGGUUUUAGUGCUUUGACGACAGCAGAUUUCACCCCUGAAGAUCACUCUCCUUGUUACGCUCAGCGUGGCUCCAGCCGCUCGCCAGGCCAGCCUCCCCAUGUGCUCCUCCAUCUUGGCUCUUGUCUAGUCGAGUUAAUCCUGCCAAAACUUUCUCUGCUGCUUUGAUAACAUUGCUGUUAAUGAGCCGGGGGGGGGGGAGUCUGUCCUCCCUGAUCCUUACUCCUGUCCUCAUUUUGCUUGUCUCUGUUUCAACAACGCAGCAUUAGGAAGAUACAAAGGUACAGUAUCGCUCAUUUUCCUCGGGUCAUCCUCUCAUCAGUCUGUUCAUCUCAGCUGCCUGCUGACUGGAGCUGUCUGUCAUCUGUCAUGUGUGUGUUUAAUGCUCCAGUCAGGUCUGCCUGCUGUGACUCACUUGGACUCCUAUAGUUCAAUGUCUCUAAGAGAGUGGGGGUGACACACGGGCGACAUGGACAAAGCAGGUCUUUCUUUCAGUGUUUACAUAAGUAGCAUCUUUGCAGUUUCGGGCACUUGAUGAACUUGUUCAGCCUGUGGGGACAAAGGCUGCUUGUUGGUAAACCUCAGCGUGGAGCGAGCUGCACACUGAGGUUUGUUUGAGAAAUAUCCCUUAGUGCCUCUUUUUAAUAUCUGUGUGAUUAUUAUAAAGAAACAACCUGCAGCGAAUAAGCUUAGCAUAAACACAGAAAGGAGGGGGGAGAGCUAGCUUGGCUCUGUUGAAAAGAGAAAGUCUGAGACGAGCAUUUUUAAAGCUCACUUAUCAACUCAAAGAAGAGUUUAUAGUCACAGCUCAUUAGUUUAGCCUUAACCCCAACAUUUCCGUUGAUUCAGUUUAUGUUUCGUUUGUUUGUUUUCUUGUUUUAAAGCAGAAACUGACCAUAUUUCCACUGAUAAAUACCACUUUUCUCUCCAGUGAACAGCACUGGUUUCUUUUUUGGCUCGAUUCAGCCGACCUCGGUGUUCAGAAAUAGAAAACAGAUGCACGGUGGGUCAUUUAUCGAGCUUCAAAAGAUGCUUGUAGUACUUUUUAUUUUUAACUUUCAGACACAACCAAGCUAGCUGUUCCCAUAUAAGUGAAGUCAGUCUUUUUUUAUCCAGUUUUUGCUAUAAAUCAAAGGAGAAAAAGCGUGUUUACAUGGACUUGUGUAUUCUGGUCAAACUUACAGUAUGACUUGGAAGUAGUUUACAACUUCGACUACAUCACCAUAUAGAAAAAAUACUGACUCAGACUAAUUUCUAGUCGACCUCCUGAGAGUCUCUUUGUAAACAGCGACAGUGUCUCUAAAUCACCAAAAUCUGGACCUUUAAAUCUCCUUAACGAACACAGAGUCUUCAUGCUUUCUCCAAUCUUAACCUCUGAUCCUCCUUAAUUCUCAAGAGUUUAGUUCCUCUUUCACUUUAAAAAUAAGAUGCUGCCAUGCCGGUUCGUCGAUACCUUUAAAAUUGUCUGUGCUUAAAGUCUGCAGCUGCUAAAUAGUAAAAUCAGGUUUUGAUCCCAGUUUCUGAAAUCAGGAUUUGAUGUUUACAUGCACAAACAAAAAUAUGUGAUACGACUGCGUGAUCAAACCUGGGUACUGAAGUCCAUGUAAACACACCCAUUGGCUCUUUAAAAUGACCAGCUGGCCUCCUAACAUCUUAGGGGUCCUAAUGCACAUUUUAUACCCGUUCAUCAAACCAAACUGCUCUUAUGAAGCAGUCGUUUAAACUUUAAUGUUGCCUCCCUCGUACAUUAUUAUCAUCCCGCAGGAGAACUUUUCCAUUUCAGCGAGACUCUGUUUCCAUAAAGUCUUCUCUGUUUGCAUGCUGAGGGUUGUUCCUACGGUCUCACAUUGCUGAUGGUCGUCACCGCCUCUAGAUGGUGAACAAGGAUCCGUUUAAGCCUGAUCUGUUUAGGGUGUGACCCCCCCUUUAGACCGCUUCCACACAGGCCCUCCCUUGAUUUGAUUGGCUGUGCAUCUCUGUCCCACUGCAGCAUGGGUGUCAGAGUGAUGGACACUACAUGGGUGUCACGCAGGGGCUCGUCUUCUUCGCGCAAAAACUCGCCCACGCCACCCAACGUGCAUCCCCCAACCCCGCCCUGUGACGCUCUUAUCCCAGAGCAAGCUGGGGAAUAUACCGGUUCCCCCUCCCCAACCCCUCCACCCAAUAGCAGCGACCGAGCCAGGUAAGGCUGUCGUGCCCCUACCUCCUGUUUCAACACCCCCACAAUCACCCACCUGCUGUUGCCCCUCCUCCUUUUGCCGCGUCUGCUGCUGCGUCCUGCUGCUGACAUCAGAGCAGUGCUGUCUGCUCCUCCCCCCUCACGUUUUUUCACUGUUGCUCUGUUGACCCCCUUUAAAGUCCUUACCCAUCACCUCGUUUGAUCCCCAAUGUCUCACCUUUGAUGAAGCGUGUCAUUUCAAACUCUGUGACUGCUCUUAAAGGGACAGUUCAGUGUUUUUGACCUGAGGUUAGAUCAUUAACUUGUCACUAGUGAGUGGACUCAAUACUAGAUGUCUGCAGGGCCGGAGAGCCAAGCAGAUCCACAACCAGGACAGAUCCACAACCCACUUUUUAACCACUGUUCCACAUCCCUUUUUGUGCCCAGAAAUUUAAUUCAAUAAACAAGUUAAUAUAUAAAUAAGUGACCGCAGCCAUAUAUUUUUAUCGAAUCAAAAUAAAAGUCUUUGAAAUUUGUGAAGAAAGUGUUCAGUUCUUGGGACUCGGCCCACUUCCUUUCAAGGAUUUUAAAUUUACAUUAAAAAUAAAUAAUUCACAUAUUUACAUUUUCAUCUAAAUUUUACAAUUUCUUACUUAUUAUUAUUUAAUAUCGUGGGUUUAUUCUACCAAAAUGUCAACUUAUAUUAUCCCAAUUUCACAGGGAUUGGCCUCGCUUUUAUAUUAAUUAUUCCUUGGCGAUGAUUGUGACCCCCUGAAUGUAAUAGUAUGUGUCUACAGAGCCGGAUGAAUGUGAUAUUUUGUGUGUUUUUAUUGUAUAUUUUCAUGUGCAAUCUCAUGCACAUUAUUAGUAAUCACACUUCUGUUUCAUUUACUACAAUGCUAGUAUCCUACGGGUCAAAUAGUACAUUUUCGACUUCCGACAAGCUAAUGUUAGCAUUAGCUUGAUGGAGAUUCAAUGUGCAUUUCAGGCUAUCAUGGAAAAUGGAUAGGGAAAAUGUCAUAAACGGAGCCGGUCAUAUUUACAUUUAUUUCCCCGUCAAAUUUAAGACAACAGUUUUAUUAAUGACUAAAAAAUGAUGUGAUUCACAUUUAAUACUUAAUCAUGGCAUUGCUCUAUUAAAGCCAUUAACUUUCGAGAAAGACGCAGCGAGAAAGGGUGGUCACGUGUUUCAGUUUGUGGAUCUGUCAUGCAAUGACCUACUCCGUCCAGCAGGGGCACAAAGAGGGUUGUAGAUCUGUCACGGUUGUUGAUCUGCUGGGCUCUCCGGCCCUGCAGACACCCCCUUCUCAAUGUACUUGCCACAAAAAGUGCCAGACAGCCUCUUUAUAGAGAAAAUGUUGGCGGAAACAGGAUGCUAUAUAAGCUAAUCAUGAUGUUACCGUUCUCAGCAGAGUCGACCCCUGUCUGCUCACCUAGCGUCCUGUUUCUUUCAGCGGUUUCUCACCGAAGGGGCUGAGCUGACUAGCAUCCAUUCUGGCUAAUACAAUCUCACUUUAAAAACACUGAAAUAGUCCUUUAAGUCCUCACUCUGGUUACAUUUCUCUGUGUUGAAUUUCUAGUUCCAUGUGUGGACUUGUUCAGAGUAACGCCCUCUGUGGCACGUAGAAGCUUCAAAUUCUCUUCAGGCGAAUUUUUGUGAUAUAAAAUGUUUAAAAAGAAAAGUUUGUUUGGAGUUUUAAAGGAAUGGUUCAUUGCUGCAUGUGCAUGAUAAUUGAUCUGUUUUGUUUUUGCUGUUAGUCCAAGCAUCAUUAACAGCAUAACUGUCCAUUGUCGCAAGGCCCUGCAAUGGAUGAGGUGACUGACUUUUCUGUUCUAUUGAUUUGUUUAUUUUUUCAUCAUUUAAAACCCACAGAGCACUUUUUUCUUUAUCUCCUCUCUGCUGUUUCACCUGAAGCUCUUAUUUCUAAUUUCCCUCCUGACACACACAGUCAUUAAUUUUCACCAGAUUUCUCCCCGAUAAUAAUAGACCGAACUUUAAAAUCCCACCCCUCUCUCCACCUUUCUAAAAUAAUCAACAUCUUUGUAGCUUCAGGACACCAACUUUUUCCCCGUGAAAUAUUCUUAUGUUUAUUCUUGCAGCUCUGAUGAUGCAUCCUCCAAUUGGUCGGACUCCUGUUACGCCUACCCCUCCCCUGAGGAGGAGAGGCCGCCCCCCCCUUACCCCUCUUCCUCCUCUUCCUCCUCCUCUUCUUGCUCUUCCUUUACGAUCCCUCACCACCAUUUCUUCACCCGUGCCCCGCCGUGUAAGCGUCCUGUCGCUCCCGGUCCCGAGUCCGUGCCACCCGGCACGUCCCCUCCCCCACGCCGCACCGGCUACAGCCCACCCCCGCUCCCCCACUCCCUCAGCCCGACACCCCAGCAGCUUGACGUCAACUCCAACCCCAAACCCAGCUCCCUGCACCUGCCCAGACAGGUCUCCCUGUCCGACGCUUCGCAUGCCGCCCCGUCCGAUUUGAACGGCUCCACCCUUUACAUCAAACCCCCGCUCGUUCUUACUCGCCACGAUCUGUUCCCUGGCUCCCCCAAACCUCCCAACACCCCCCUCUCUGCUCCCCCUCCAUGGGCAGCCUGUGCCUGUAGCCGGGAGAAAGGAGCCAAGCUGACUAGGUAAAUACAGAACCCUGCUUAACUAGUUCCAACACCACUCACACAUGAAUGAAGAGAGGCCAUACAGGGACAAAGAGGGAUGGGACCAGGAGACGGAGGGACUCCCAACAGCGUCACACACUCCUUAGCUGUGCGACAGUCAGUCAUGGAAAACAGAGCUCUUCAGGAAUACCAUUAUCAGAUCCAUCUUUAAUUUAACAACCAUGAAUGAAAUCCAUAACUUUCCAUCCUGGCAGGAUAUUCAGGAGCCAGUUGCCAGGCAACAAAGGAAAUUCAAAGCUUUCAUUGCAUACCAUUAUAAAAGUGGGCGUUAAUGAGUCAUAGCAUUACCCAGCCAGCCCUGAGUGCUAGACUGCAGGAUCAGACCUUGACAAUGAACGAAAACAAACACUCUGUGAUUUACACUCGAGUGAAACAACACAUCAUCAGCGUCAGUGAAGGACGUUACUAUGUUUGACAUUGGAACGAAAAAAAAAACACACAAAGACCCCCCUGUGCACAGCUCUGUCUGGACCCUUUAUCACAGCAGCUUCAAUCAUUCAUUCAUGCCUCAUGUGCUGACAGACAGUCGGAGUAUAAACUGGUUAUGGCGUGACCUUCAGCCCCUCUUCCCAUUGGCAUUCCAGCUGCACUGCACCAUAACAGUAAAGAAAAUCCAUUAAGCCAUUAGGAUUGUUUGGGGAUUCUUGACCCGCUUCUGCUGCAGCACAGUAUAGACAACAUAUCCGUCUGCAGCAGUGGACGCUGCCGUAACUUGACAUUGAACUAUGGGUGCUCUCAUUUUUUAUUUUAUUUUAAUAAGCCAUGAAAUUUAUGGAAACAGGCUUGGCAUACUAUCAAAGAGGAGUGAGCUGCAGCUUGUAACUCCUGUGUCUGUUCUCCUUCACUCUGUCCUCAGUACGCUCAAGAACAAGGAGCUGUCUCCGGUGAUCGGGCAGAAGGUAACCAUGACCUCUAGUGGACAGUCGCAGCACUCUGAGCACAGCCCACACUCACUGAGGAGAGGUAAGAAGGCUGUUUCUUUUAUCUGUAUCUUUUAUCUCUUUUACCUCUUAUUUCUUAUUUCGACUUACUGUCUUUUAAGUCUUUGUUCUACUUAUAAUCUUUUCCUAUUGAACCUUUUAGUCCUUAUGUAUUUUAUUGUUUUUUCCUGCUCAUUUUUGUUAUUCCAUUUUAUCAUUACUAUUACCAUCAUAAUUACUUUGUUAUGAUUUAUUAUCAUUAUUAACAUCGUCUUUUUAUAUUUACUAUCCUGUUACUCUACCCCCCUUUUUUAUUACAUUUCUUCUUCUUACCUAUUUUAUGUUUUUAUUUUGGUCCUCAUGGUCUCAUUUUAUGUCGUAGGGUUCUUGUAUUGUCUGGGUUCCUUAUGACAAAUGAAAUUGGCCUUUAAUUCGGAGGUCUUGUUUUUAACUGAGCUUUUGUUUUUUAUUUGUUUUUAUUUCCAUGUGCCGAUGUUCUGUAUGUUCUUUACGACAGUUUGUCAAAGCACUUUGUAAACGUCUGUUUUUAAAAGUGCAAUAAAAAUAAAGUUAUUAUUAUUAUUAUUAUUUCAAAAUCUCAAACAGGAUUGCAAAAUCUUUUAUUUUAUCAUUACCUUCUGAAACCCUUUAGUCUCCGUUUUUUUGGGUGAGGAACACAGCAUCUUCAUAUCUUUUAGGAUUUGGGUUAUAUCACAGUUUUGUAAGUUGGAUUUUUGUUUUAAUCUGCAUUGUGUGAUUUUAUGCUAUUUUAGUCCUAGAGUAAUUAUUUUGUGUUUUAUUACCUCUUUUGAUUAAUUUACUCUAUUUUACUGUUUGAUUUUGAGACUUUUAUUUAAUUCACUUUUAACGCUUUAUCACCUUUAUUAUAUUUUAUCAUGGUUUUAGCAUUUUAGUCCUAGAUCAAGUGUUUUCUCACUAUUUUUUAACUCAAGAUAGCGUUUUCUCAGUCAUCUGUGGCAAGUUGAAGAGUCCUGGUCUUUAGUGUGUGCAUCUGUGUGUGUGAGUGUGUGAGGGUUGUAUGUGUUGAAUGGAGGUUAGAAGGUUCUGGUGGGGUUCGGUAUUAGUAUUUUUAUUUAUUUUUAUUGAAAGUGCUUUAAAAUUAAAAUUUGAUUGAUUGAUUGAUUGUAAUCAGAUGUCAAUCAUUCUUAACCUCCACAGCAAAGAAGCUGGCCCCAAUCCCACCUAAAGGCCCCUACAGCCAGACAGGAGCCAUGUCGGACCAGUCAACAGGUCAGCCGUCUCCAGUCAGCCUGUCGCCCACUCCUCCCAGCACUCCCUCCCCGUACGGCUUCGGCUACCCACAGGGGUACGCCACCAUCGGCUCACCUGGUUCCUCUCAGAUGGCCACCACUCCGUCUCUCUCCUCUCCUCCCUCUCUGGCCGGAACCCUCACCAAGAACAGGCCGACACCCAAACCGCCCCGCCAAAGGCCCAGCUUACCGCCGCCUCAGCCCCCCUCCACGCCGGGCACCAGUCCCCAACCUCUGGAGCAUUCGACAGGUCUGCUGGACGGUUUGUCUCCAGGAGAGAGCAUGUCCACAGGUAACAACAGGCCUUUCAUAUGACCACACCUGCUAAACUUCACUAAGACUCUGAGACACUUUUAGUUGUUUUUUUUAUGGGAUUUGUUGACAAUGAGGAAAUAUCCGUCCAUUAACUUUGAGUUCUUCUGUUUCAGGCUGAGUGACUUUAUUAAUUAUCCUUCUUUGUGUAAAUGUCCUUGAAUAUUUCUGGGAGGUGUGAAUGAUGUUUUGGUCUAAUUUUCCCCUCUUGUCGACUGCUCUUAUUGUCUCACUUACAGCAGUAUGAGCCCAGAGGUUCAGGGUGAUUCUUUAAGAGAGGGACUUUUAGGGUAAGCAGGAGUUCCUGUGCUAAAGCCUCACCUACCCCCUUCGCCCGCCCUUCCAACACCCUCCCCUGCCAUCGCAACCAAAAUGAGCCAAGUUGCGUUGGAGUGAAGCUGCCAUGGGGAGCAGAUUAUGGGAUCAGGUUUCUGUGUGAUCCCGCUCUCUGUGGCAGCCUCCCUCUAAGGCCGACUCUUGAGGACUUCAUUUCCUAUUAUGUUUUAUCUCCAUGCAGCGGCUGUGUCGCUGUCCAGCUGUCCGGCUCUAACCUGAUUUGUUGGCCUUUGCAUGAUGGCUGAGACUGAUGCGAUGCAUGGCUUCCGUGGGCGUGUCCAACAGACAAACCAGGGCAGACACAAAAAAACCCUUUUUCCUGUCUUGUGAUUUCCUCCCACAAUGCCCUGCUCUAGCUGCCAUCCCCUACCUUCGACAGCCCACUGCAACCAACCCCCUAAACUCCCACUCCACUCCAGUGUUGUGCCUCACUGCCCAUGACUUCCUCAAACAAGACGCAUUUCCUGUCUGUGCGGUGUGAAGUCGUUCAUCAUAUGUGUUUACUGUGGACAUCAUCAUUAUCACGACCGAGACAAAGACACAGUUACACAUCAUCAAACUGAGGUCAAUAUAUUCUGUUGUACAGACCAGUACGACUGACUGCAUUGAUCCUGUGGUUUUGUGCUCGACCCCGUUCACUGAAGUGAUCAGUCUUUGUGGUUAUUGAUUGUGUCUCAAUCAAGUAUUAGCAGGGAUGCACAAUAAUGACAUUCUGCCAAUUUCCAACAACAUCCUUGAAAUACAUACAUUAGACACCCUGUUGAGAGAUGAAUGUUGUCGACCGCUUGCUUCUCUAGUUAAACAAACUUUAGUAACGACCGCAGAUAGCCACACGCUCAAACAAAACGCCACUCUAUAGACACAAAUAAUGCUCAGAACAGCACCUAACUUCAUCAACAGGACAUAUAGGGUCACAGACAUAGUACUAGACACCAAACAUCUUUUUAGCUUUGCCUGAUUUCUUUAGCUAAGAGACUAAAGAGAACUCACCUACUCUCUUCCAGCAGACGCUUGUUUGUACAGAGACCUCCGGGCGAGUCCAUUAUGGACUACAGCGGGGUGACGCAGCUCAAAGAAGAACAUUUAUGAUCAUUUCUUUAUCAUUCCUUUGAAGUUGAAUCAUCAUAUUAAUCAUUUUGAACUGCAGACGCGGUAGUUCUUCUGCCUUAGCGUCUCGGUCUGAUUGUAUUUCCAUGAAGAAAUGAUCCAACUUAAUUAUAGGCCGGAGUAUCCCCCUAUAGGUUCAGUGUAUAGACAAAGGCUAUCAGUCAGUUUCUACAUAGAAAUGCUCCCUUGCUCACCCUUUGCACUAGUGGAGCUCCAGCGGCUACGGUGGCCUCUGAGAACAAGACGCUCCUGUGAUGUAUGAUUUUAUGGUUCUCUUUUUGUCACAUUUUUAUCAUCUAAAACUCAGAUACAAAUUCUUUUGCACAAAAAUUGCUGCUCUGCUUCACUAAAUACGAUGUUACUUGCUUUUCCCGUCUGUGCUGCCGUAGGCUGUGCAAGACGGCAGCCUCGGUGGAAAGGGACUAGCUCCUCAUGUAAAUACUAAAGGAUCAUUCAGAGUUAAAACCAAAAUCAACAUUCAUAUUUAUGUGAUUAAAAAUCAAUUCAAGCUUUUCAUAAAUAAUCUUCACUAAAUUGCAGAAAUUACCUUUAAUAUAGAAAUAUAGAAAUUCAUAAAUGGGGGUAAAUGUCGAUGAUGACUGCCCCUUGAAUAAUUAGUACCGUGCAUCCCUAUCAUGCAUCUUGGAUUUCUUCAUACUGUAACUACAGUGAAGUGCCCCCAUGCUGUUUGUAACAUCAUCCAGCCUGACUGAAAUGAUCUCCUCAGGGUCGAUGUGUCUCAACAUGCUGCCUCCACUCUGCUCUCUUCUUAUUCUGUGUCUCUGCUCCGCCAGAUGCUCUCUGCAACCUGGACAUCCCCGUCAUCGACGUGGACCUGGACGGUAUUUUUGACUUGCCCCACAUCUCCCCCUUCAGGAACUCAGUGGCGCUGCUCGAGUCGACGAACAACAAAGCAGAGAUGGAGGAGGAGUCUGAGAGCACAGUGCUAUGACACCACUGAGUUCCCACACAACUUCUGCUACUGCUGCACCACCUGCUCAAAAAUCAAACACCCCGGCGCGCUCGUCCAUCGACCUUUUUACAUCUCAAGCUGCAUUACUUCAACCUCGAUCCGAACACGGGCUCCUCUUCAAAAUAAAAACAAGGUUCAACUAAAAGAAAACACAACUAGAAGAAACUACGAGGUAUCUGAGAUGCUGUUGUCAGGGGACUUUUGAUCAGACGCACAUUUUGCCAUUUUACGUUGGCUGGAAACAUGUUUUUAUUUAAUAUUUUAUGUUCCUUUUUGCCUUAUUUGAUUCACUUGCAAUAUUGCCUUUGACUUCACACGAGAGUCUGGAAACCGGCUGCUGGGAGGAGUGAGCGCUCUUUGCUGCUGUCGCUGUUUCUCCAGUGGAUUUAAGAAGUACUGUACAUCUGUCCUGCCACACUAAGGCUUUUUUUAAUUUCCUCUCUCUGUUUUUUUUUCAUCUCUCACUUCAUACUCAUCCUUCAUUCCCCGGGGUGUCAGCUGAAAUUGCCUUCUUUGGCGCGCGGUGGCAACAACCCCCCAAAUUCCUGUCCCACCUGAGCGUUCACUGUGAGUGUGCCAGUAUGCGGUUUUUAUGGAAAGUGUGUGUGUGUGUGUGUUUUUGUAUGUGUUUGGUAAUUGUACUCUAUGAUGUUGCACUGUUGGUGUCGUGGAGCGUAAACAGGAAUGCAUGUUUUAGACGUUUAGGGAAAAUAACUACCAGGUUGCAAAGAGGUAACUAGUCCAAUCACACUCUUCACUGUAUUUACAAGGCGUUCAAUGAGGAUCUCCACACUGAAUAUUUAUUGUUUAUACUGUACAUUUUCAGAAUAUAUGACACAAAUAGCAUUAUAACUCAGAUCAGAUCAUAUUUUCUAUCUACAGGAGAGCUAUAAAGAAACCAUAGUAUCCAGAGAGAAUAUAGUUUAUGCUGUCAGGAAGAAUUUAAAUAUAUGAGAAACAUUAUUUAAGAAAGGUAUAAAACAGGAAGGUUCAAAUGGCUUUUGAUAACGUUAAAUACCUGGUAAGGUAGGAAAUGAAAUAUCCAUGUGAUUGCACUCAAUUAUUUUGGCAGCAAGCAAAGUUGUGUUGGAUUUUAGUUUUUCUGUGUGAAGUAAGGGAGCUGAAUCAACAAAGACCAGGAUGAUGUGCAGGUGUGGAGCCUGGAGUGUGCCGCCGCUCCGGUCUGAAUCAAUAUUUUAUCAGAAAAAAAAGAGCCAUAUGCUCAUUUUUGGGUCAUAUUUUGUCUCUCUGUCUUUUUGUAGGAGUUUUAUAUGAUUCACAGCUCAAAAAACUUCCCUAGUCAUCUUGGAUUGGUGUUUUGAAACCCUGUUUUUUAGCAGUUUCUGUCUCUUUACGUUCCCAAAGCACUCGGUAACCAAGCACUCCAGAAGCCUCAUCCACUGUUGCCAUGCUGCAAAGUCGCAUUUCUCUGUUUUAGAUAACAAAUUAUGGCUAUGUGUUUGUGAACAAAACUGUAGAAAACACGGACAAGGUCUAAGUGACUUCAUCCAUUUGUAGUUAAUUUACGACCUUAAAGCCUCGUUUGCGAUUGGGUCCAAGUGUAAGACAUAUCGGAGCCUGCAUGCAUCGGUUUAUGGAGUGGAGGAAAUGGGUUGGGUUACCUAGAAAGAGGCAAAGAGGUGGAGUCAUAACGUUUUAGAAGCCUCGUCCACUGUUGCCAUGCUACAAUUUGAGAAAACAAAUUAAGAAACAUGAUUGUAAGUUUUAGACAGACAGUAUAAAACAUAAAAAAAUGAAGCCGAUGUGGAAGAGAAGGAAACUUCGAGUACUUGGCUCUGAGUGUCUCUGUGACCUAUUUACCAAAUCCUGAAUAGAAUACGUGGCUCCUUAGAUCCUAUCUACAAAUCAUCUAAGUGCUGUUUCUGUCUGCUGCUUUGUGUUUUUUAACAUCUUGCUGGACACAAAAACUCGCAGACUUGGAAAGCUAACCUUAUGGUGGUUUUGAUGGCACACUACAGGCUCCAUAAUGAAGUCCAAACCCUGUUCGAACAUCUUGAGAAUCAUCCAAGCGAGAGCAUGUAGGUAAAGGAUUGUUUCCUUUUGUCCUGAGGUUUAACAUCAUCCCACCAUAUCAUCACAAAGAGCUGAAAACAGUCACACUCUCAGAAAAAAAAGGUGCUAUUCUUGUCUCGGGAAAGAACAGCUGCAGCUCCAGAGGCAAAAGAAGCACAACUCUUUCUCUGUCAGUGCAGCUUCAGCUUCAGUUUCAGUCAUCUCACCUCGCAGCUCAAAUGAAAUCUGUCUGAUGAAGCUGAUAUUUUUGCUCUGUAUUACUGAACCAGAGGCAAGUGCAAAGAUAUGUGUAUAUGUGUUUAUUUUGAUGAGAGUAUUUAUACAGAGAUAUUUCUGAAUCCUUUUUACUGGGUCUGAGGAGAUGUGAUUGUUUCCACGAUAAAUGAAUCAUAUUUGAAUUUUCAAAAAAAGAAACACGGGACCAGAUUUCCCUGCUGUCGCGCUGAAGAAAAACACUUGAAUAUCACGAAAACUGGAGCUACGAGGUUCGCAUGCGUUAACGACAGCAGCAGUUUGUUAUUUGCCUUGUGGUGGGUUUUGUUGUGACCUAUCCAGAUUUGUAAGACUUUCCAUUUUCUCCAGAGAUCAUCCACUGAACAUGGCCUCAAAGUCACUGUGCUGCUCUGCCAUCUCGUUCCUCGGAAGUGCGAUAAAACUCACAGGACUUCUGUAAAUACCAGAGCAUCUGUACAUAACAUGUUCUGUACAUACUGAGAGGGGAGAAUUUUAAAUCUAUAUGUAUAAAUAAGUAUAUACAUAUACUGUAUUGAAAAUAUAAAUGAUGAUGAGCAUUAUAAAAUUAUCCUGUAAAUAUAACGUUAAAGGUUCUAGCACAAUAUUGCCACAUUCACACAAAAUAACACUGAGUAGACUUUGCACAGUGAAACAUUUUAAGGUACAGUAGCUCUCAUGGCUUUAAAGUAGGGUCAAAGUUCAAUGUAGUUUGUAGAUUAACUCAAUAAAAACGCUGCUUAAAGCUCCUGUGAGGAUUUUUCACUGGUAACGAAACAGGCGGAAAUCAACAGUCACGACCCCGAGGAGAAAACGAGACCAUCGAAAAUCAGAUUGUCUAUUUCUUUGUUGUAAUGUGUGAUGUCUCUAAUCGCUGUGAGGGGUCAGGUGUCACAUUUCACUGUGAAAAGACUUUGUCCACAGGGGGGCGCCAAAAUUGACACAAACGGGAAGUUCCUCACAGCAGCUUUAAGCUUGUGUUUCAGUGCUUUCACAAGCAUUUCAAAAAGAAAACUGGAAUUUCUUUUUAAAGAGAAGGGAGGGGGAAUGAUUGAAACAGGAUCAGGGCCUCAUUAAGGAUGACAAAAUUCUGAUUCAGGAAUGAAGUGAGAAUAAGAGUUAUGAGUUAAGAACGUUAUGAGAUAAGAAGACGAAUCUAUGAGAAUAAGUCAUAAUUUUAAAUCUUCAACUUUAAUCCUGUAAGUUUUUGGCUUUUCUUGAAAUCUCAGAUUGUUUUUGUCAGGUGGUCCCUCCAACCCUUCAUAAUCUAUUAAUCAUUCUUACACCAAUUUCUCUACUGAUUUCAGGUUUUAUUAUAACAAUUAUAAUAAACAUAUGCCCAAUAAUAUCUAAAUAACACCAUCACAACCUCCUGAAGCUUAUUAUGAUGUCAAACAAAAAGUCCACCAUCUCAAAGAAAAACAGAAACAGAAAAUCUUAGUAAGCUAGAUCGAAAAUUUGAAUUUAUUUGCGGAUUCAUGUUUUUAUAAAUCCCUCGAUCUUUUAUUCUACAAACUACGUCAGCUUUAGUGAAAUUCAUACGCAUUUUUAGGAGCGAUCUGAUGAAACCACAAAGUUUUUUAAAAAAAAGCUGUUGUUCAAAUCUGGCCGUGCUGAGUUGAAUGGCGUCCUGUCUUUGUCUGGAUUUCUGUGUUACGAUGUGCUGCUCUUCGUUUUGUACUGAAGGCUUUCAGAUUAAGGCUUGUACAUAGAGUAUCCACCAAAAACACAACUUUAUUAACAAUAAAACUCGCGGCAAGAGAUUCCAGAGACAGUUUCCAGUGUUACAGCUUUAUGAGCAUGCCCUUUCAGCUCUGAAAUAUGAAGGCCUUUGUUUAUUUUAUUUUAUUUUUUACAUGAAUAGGAAUGUACUGGUGAUAGAUGGUAUUGUGGACAUUUUGGUUGAAGUAAAAGAGGGUGGUGAUUACUCAAGACAGUAUAAAUAAAAGUGUGUUAUGUCCCAGUUUGGGGAGAGGGAGGGUGGGGGUGUUAGAUUCGACAUUGUCCUGUGUGGAGCUCGGCAGCAUGCUUUUAAACCAUGCCUAUGAAAAACGUCUCAUCUUUGGUCCUAUAUAAAUGUGCUUGUAUUUAUUUUUUAUAAGAUAGAUCGAUCUUUAUAAGAGAAGAGUAACCCAGUGCUGCCCCCUGAUCUUUUCUACUCUAACUCAUCAUCCAUUCUGCCAACACUUUUGGGUUCGAACGUUUGCUGUUUGUUCUCACCGUGUGUCACCGUUGUUGUCGUGUCACUACAGUUUAUUCGACCGUUUUUAUCUCCAUGCAGAUUAAAGAAGCACAUCAGAGCAGACGCUAAUGUCAGGGAAACCAGAUUCUCCAGCUAACUUGACUCGAGAGACGACUGUUCGUGCCCAAAAUACUGCUGGAAUCUCUUUCUAUGACUUCACACUCGAGCAAGAAGGAACACGCUUCGUUUUUUUUAUCGAUUACAGUUUGUAGAUUACACUGUGGUGCAUGCAGCCAUGACAAACACAUCUCCAAUCAUCUCUUCUUUUCAUUUAAGUUCCUAGUAAUGGGGCCAAAAUAAAAAAGGGAACACAUGAAGGAAUCUUUUCAGACUCUGAGGUUCUUUGUGUGAAACCGUACUGAUGCUGUGGACUCUUGAGCGUUUGUAGUAAAGAGGAAACGCCUUUUCUCGGACACGAUAUCUCCUGGUCACCAAGUGGAACACAGUGUACAGUAAAAGAAAAUUAAGAUUAACCUCAUCCGAAUGUUGAAACUAUUAAAAAUGUUUUUAUAUCA